AUGGAAGACCGCCAUUCCCUCAGCAUCCACUCCUUCCAGACGGUCGGCCUCCACAACAACAAGGCCAAGUCGAUUAUCACCAAUAAGGUGGCACCUGUAGUCAUCACGUGAGUUGCCCACCAACCAGUGAUGUUCCUGAAAUUCCUUGAACCUCUGUGCUGGUAGCUUAGAGAACCGUUGUCUUAGAAUCGCAGAUCAUGGAAUCAUAGAGUGGGAAGGGACCCACCCUGAGGAUCAUCUAAGUCCAGCCCCCUGCAAUAUGCAGCUGUCCUAUACAGGGAUCGAACCUGCAACCUUGGCAUUACCAGCACCAUUCUCUAACUAUGCUCUUCUGAAAUGCAUGUGUCUGCUUCCCCCCGUCUUCCUGCAUCAAAGGUUAGAUGUAGACCAGACUGUUGGCAGAAGAGGCAUCACUCAGUGGUAGAGCAUCUGCUUUCAGGCAGAGGGCGCCAGGUUCAAUUCCCAGUGUCCCAGAACCUUGGAGAGCUGCUGCGAACCAGUGUGGACAAUUCUGAGCUAUCUGAACUCUGUAUAAGGCAGCCUCCUCUGUAAUUCUGCCUCUGCAGUUUGGUAGAAGAGGCAGUUUGCACAGACUUCUAACAUCUUAACACCUCUUUUCAUCUCUUCUCAGUGCUCCAAACUAACUAGGGGUGGAAAGAAAGUAGACUGGGAUCUACUGCCAGAUCUUUGGGUGAUUUGCAGUAUUUGUUACACUGCUAAAAAAAGAAAAGCACAUAUUUAAAGCCCUAUUUAAUUGCAAAAAACCCCACUCUGAAUUUCUUCCAUGUGCUUCUUACAGCUACAAUUGCAAAGAAGAGUUUCAGAUUCAUGAUGACUUAUUGAAGGCCAGCUAUACUGUGGGGCGGAUUACAGAGUCUACUCCGGAGCAUUACCUUGUACAGGUGAGCACCGUAGACUUUCCUCGGGGCAUCCAGCAUGCAGGGACUGAGGCAUAAGGAUGUAAGAAGAGCUUCUCCUCCCUCCCCGCCUGCUGUGACCAGCCAGAUGCUGCUGGAGAAAGCGGAGCAUGAAGUCAGUUGCCCUCUCCUGCUGUUGUCCCAUCUGGCAAAUGGCCUCUGAGUAGGAGGUUCCCUCCAGCCAAUACAGCAAACAGCCGUAUCUUCCAUGAAUCUGUGUCAAUCCCCUUUUAAAGUCAUUUAAGCUAGUGGCCAUUACUGCAUCUUGUGGCAGCAAAUUCUGUGACCGAUUUAUGUGUUGUAUGAAAAAGUUGGUUGGAGAUCGUUCCACCAGUGUGAGCGUUUCAGCUUCUUGGUUGGAAUGAUCUCCCCUUUCCUUCCCCUGGGCACUGUUUUGGAGGUUCCCCUGACCUUCCCAAAGUCAAGUUUGUGGGGUUUGGGUGCCCAAUGGCGGCAAAAAGGCUCAUUGCACUAGCAGAAAACCUUGCACUGGCUUCUGCUAGCAGGACUUAACAGCUGAAUCUGGCCCAUAGCAUCCUGCCUUCUUUUCCAUGUUGAAAUAUGCAUUAUACUUUUUCUACUUUCUUUUUCCCUUCCCUAUUACAGGGGAAAUACUUUAUGGUCCGUGACGUAUACAGCAAGCUAGAUGUCCUCAACACUGCUAGCAGCUGCGGUGCUCCGAACUUUCGGCAGGCAAAAGGGGGAUAUUCUGUGUUUGGGAUGGGCCAGCCCAGCUUAAAUGGAUUCAAGCAGGUCCUGCAGAAACUGCAGAGCGACGGCCACAAGGUCUGUGCGGGCAUGGAAGUCAAGCUAAUGCACAACUCAGAAUGUGAACGGGAACAACAGUUCACUACUCCCACAACCCUCCACACGUUCUUUCAACGCGUAAGGGGGGUUCAUGUGAAGCCCCUGCUGACCAUUUUACUUUUAAAAAUCCUAUUUGCUUUUCGCUUUGAGGUUGUUGUUUUUAACAACUAUGGGGUGUAUACAUGUUAAUGAAACAAGGAAUAAAUAAAUCAUUGGGCACCAGCACGAUGACCCCCCAAAUUUUUGUAAACUUUUAAUUAUUGUUAUUUCAUUUUGUAAUGCAUAUAAAACAGGGAGUGCAAUUAUAACAACCUACAAAAAUUACAAGGCGAACAAACUAUGAAAUAGUGCGAUGAGCAGUUGCACCGGAGUCAAAAUAACAAAAGUCCAAGUAAAUGCUGUCAGUUUUAUCAGAUUGAGGGCACAGGCGCUACUGAAAUUUGUUGCCCAUCCGUUUCUACAUUUGAGAUGUUAGCAAAGCAUUUUGUGUGUGCCUUUGCGUGCUUGUGAUUAUGUCAUAAUUUCCUAUCUGCUUUCAGCUAUGAUGUGCCGUUAGCCUCAUGCUUCCGUGUCCCUAUAACUAUACGAAUAUGUGCGUGGUGUUCUUAUACUCCCACUCCCCCAUGUGUGCAUGUGUGAUGAAUCCAAAUAUAGCUGUUGAGUGGGAACAGAACAAAAAGAUUCCACUUUAAUAUGUACAUGAAGACCGUGAUGUAGCGACAAUCUUUUAUUCUUCUCGGAACAGCACCUGGGAGCUUUGCCUCGAGCUGUUGUGCAUGUAGCACAUAGUCCGUAUAGUUAGUCAGGGUCACUAGAGUCAAAAAGAAAAUGCUAGAGGUUAAAAAGAAAAGAGGUGACCCAUAGGAAAGUGGCAAUGCAUCAAAUGGGCUCUUAUCUGAUAUCAACUUGCAGCUUAGCUUACCGACACGGUUUAGCCAACACUUUCCUCUCUGUUGCAGCAGGAGUGCAUCGUAUUCUGUGUCCGCGAGGAACCCGUGCUUUUUCUGCACGUGGACAAUGACUUCAUGCCCUACACUCCCAGGGGAAAGGAGAACCUGCACGAAAACCUGCACAGCCUGCACAGGGGUGUCAAAGUCGAAAACCUGGAGCUCUCUAUUCGGAAAGAGGUGAUUUUUCUGAGUGUCCGAGGAGGUUGCACGUGGGACCUGCUAGAGAUGGGAUAGUCCGUUCAUUCCUUGUAUCAGUGCCUUGCCACUUAAUUCCACUACAGCAGACAUAGGAAGCUGUUCCAUGUACCUGUUCCUGGAACUGGAAGUGGGGAGAGUGUUUGUGGUGCUCGGAUCUUGCUCUGAGGGCUUCCAACAGGCAUCUGGCUAGCAACUGCGAGAACAGGAUGCUGGGCUAGUUGGGCCUUAUCUUCUUAAAGUCAGACCACUGAUCUAUCUAGCUCAGGACUGGCAGCACUGGAGUCCCCUUGCACGUAACAUGUGACCUUUAUUCCAGAUCUUCUGGCUUAUUUUUGGGGUGUUUUUUAAAAAUAUAGCUAGAUGGUAGGUAUGCACUUAAAUUAUUGAGCUGGUCAUGUAGUUUAUUGAUGGGAAGUCAGUAUGUGUGUGUACAUUUGCUGAUAAUUCUGUGUUGUAGAACUGGGAAGCCAUAUUAUAGACAACUUCAUAUUCUGCUGAGAGGACAAAUAGGUAUUGUUAUGGCUAUCGGGUGGUUGCUCAAGAGCGAUCAGGGAAGAUGCCUCACUGGUCUUUUCAAAAGCUUUAUUAUUGGUGCUAAAACCUUUACAAAGGCAGAGCGCAUCUAUUCCAUGUCUUGCUCACUCGCUGGCAGAAUCUGAGAGUGGGCGGUCCUUACACCUUCCCCAGCAGAGUAGUUUCUUGACCCCCAGCCUACACCUCCUCUCUCUGUGUGAAAGCCUACUACGCAAGGAAGGAUUGGGUAAAGGGGGCUCCCUCCUCCCCACUUUGUUCAGGCAAGGUGUCCUGGCACCACCUUGCAUCCUCCGAGCCCUGCAUCUCCUCCCCGCUAGAGGCGUGGCUUCCUUCCUCCGCUGAGGAAAGAAGAAGAAGAAGAAGAGUUUGGAUUUGAUAUCCCACCUUUCACUCCCUGUAAGGAGUCUCAAAGCGGCUAACAUUCUCCUUUCCCUUCCUCCCCCACAACAAACACUCUGUGAGGUGAGUGGGGCUGAGAGACUUCAAAGAAGUGUGACUGGCCCAAGGUCACCCAGCAGCUGCAUGUGGAGGAGCGGAGACGCGAACCUGGUUCCCCAGAUUAGGAGUCUACCGCUCUUAACCACUACACCACACUGGCUCUCUGCUGCUUCCCACGAUCUUUGGGGGCUCUCUGUAAUCCAUCCGCCUUUCCCCCUCUCGCCCCUGAGCCGAUGGCAGUUCCCUGACAGGUAUAUUAAUUAGCAUGGCAUUCUGUGAGCUCCUUUGUCAUAGUGUAGUCCAUUGUUGUUUCAGUAGCAUCUGCCUUACUGGAUAGGACUGGGCUAGGGAUAGGAAGUGGUUCCCAGGUUUCCAUGGCGACCUAUCCGUGGCCAAACUUGGCCCUCCAGCUGUUUUGGGACUACAACUCCCAUCACCCCUAGCUAACAGGACCAGUGGUCAGGGAUGAUGGGAAUUGUAGUCCCAAAACAGCUGGAGGGUCAUGCUUGGCCAUUACUGCAAAAGUUUUCAGUGGGAUACACAGAUAUCUGCCAUGGUACCUCUUGGUUCAGUGGCACAGGUCCUACUUGGAUAAACCAUGUGAGUGGGUAGAAUGGACUAAUUCCUCUAACUUGAAAUUUACCAUGGCGCUCUCAUGUCUCUGUGGUAAAAUAUUAGGCCAGUGGGUACUCUCUGGGAGGGGGUGUGUGUGUAGGUGUAGGGAAGUUGUGGAGGCGUGUUUUAUAAAGCAAGGCUCUUCUCAGGUUGGUUUAUUGGAUUUAUCUGUUGAAGAUACACGACUUUGCCCAGCUGAAGGAGAACACGUAUUACGUCUACAACGAUAUCGAGCAUUUCAAAGACGAGCCCCAUUCGGUGAGAAUCCGCUACGAAGAAGACAUCCACGUGACAGAAGAAGUUUACAAGAGGCCCGUCUUCCUGCUGCCAUCUUACAGGUAACUUUUCCAUGAGAGAACAAAAUGGUCCCUGCUUGAUUAUAUCAUUCGUGUUAACUUGGCUGUCUCUUCUUUUCAAAUGUUCUUUGCCCAUCUUCAUCUUCCUUUUAUGCAGUGUGUGUGUGUAUUACUAAGGGUUCCGUGCCCCCCCCAUAAGGUAAUAGAACUGUAAAAACAUACUGUACUUUCCUCAAGGACAAACCUUUUAACUGUAAAUAGAUUAGAUUAGAAGUAGCGUCCCCCUUAGUAUUCCUCUGCUUUCAGAAGUGGUGGCAGCCUGGAAGAGGCCUUUUCUGUGGCAGCCCCCCCCCCAAAGUUGUGGAACACCCCACAGAGGUGUGUCUGGUAUUAGAUACAGCCUGGCCUUUGACGCUUGAGAUGUGUGUUCUCAGGGCUAUCCAUCAUAUUCCUGGGACUGUAAUUUGUUUUAACUGUUUUUAAUUCUAAAUUUCAAAUUGUUGUCAGGACAGGUAAUAAUAACAAUAAUACAGUGGAACCUUGGUUCUCGAACUUAAUCCAUUCCGGGAGUCCGUUUGACUCCCGAAACCAUUCAAAAACCAAGGCGCAGCUUCCGAUUGGCUGCAGGAGCUUCCUGCACUCAAGCGGAAGCCGUACCAGACGUUCGGCUUCUGAAAAACGUUCGCAAACUGGAACACUUACUUUUGGGUUUGCAGCGUUUGGGAGCCGAUUUGUUCAACAACUAAGUCAUUUGAGAACCAAGGUACCACUGUAAUAAUAAUGGUAGUUGUGUUCAAAGAAUAAAAGUAUUUUUGUUGAGAGGGGAAGCCUUGCACACAGCUUGUAAGUUCAGAAAGCGAGCAGGCUGUUACACCACUGAGGCACACAACAAUGGCAAGAACCAAACACAGCCCUACUACAGAGGCUUAUAACUAAACAACUGACAAAAGAAAGAGUUGGGGGACGAGUGGAGUGAAUUUAGCAGGUUGCCACAGGCGUCGUAUGUGGGUUCCUCCUCCUUUCCUUUUUUUUUUUUAAUAAGUAUUUAUUGUUAAAAUAGUUCAUCAUUAAUACACAUAUACAAGCAUACAAACAUACAUUUCAUACAAUCCUUAAAAGUGUUCAAACAUACUUACACUCAAUCCCACAAAUAAUUCCUUUCCCCAUCACCAUCCACCACCCCUCACGUGGGUUCCUCCUCCUUUCCAUGCUGGCACAUUGAAUUAACCUAACUUCUGGGUGAGUGGAAUUGACAAUGCAGUAUUUUAAAAAAAAACACGCCUAUAGUUUUGAUCCUGGCUGUUUUUGUCUCUCUGCUCCCAGUAACACCCCCUUUCUUUGCAGGUACCACCGGCUGCCUUUGCCUAUGGAUGGAGCCCCCUUGGAAGUGCAACUUGAUGCUUUCAUCAGUUUCCUCAGGGUAAGGACUGCCAAAGAAUGUUAGGGUCUACAAGCUGCCUUGAGUGUAGCAUCCUCUGUUUUAAACAGGCGGCAACAUGCAAAGCUGUUGCUGCUCAAGGUAGCGCAAGUUGGAUGCCAUUGGUUGGUGAAAGAUUUAUCUUUCCUUCCUUUUGCCUGCUGCUGCCAUGCACAUACAGCUAAAAGCGGUGGCUAUUUUUUGGCACUCUGGAGCUUGUAGCUGAAUACAGGCAUUUGUUGGCAAACCUAUAUUCGCUUUGGGAGCGUGUCUGGAGUUUCGCGACCAUGUUUGGAUGCCUGAUGUGAAAAACCCAAAUGUCCACCCACACAGGUUUUUUUUUAAAAAAGGUGUGUGACCCAGCCAGAAGUUUAAAACACUUUUCAAAAAGUGUCAUUGAUUUCAUUUGAAAUCAGUGUGGCUUGAAACUGCAAGCAUAAGAUUGUUUUAGAAAUGAGAUAUUGUUCCAUUGAUAACAAGAAAUAGAAAUGUGUUUUUCAAUAUUUCUGCCUUUCAAGGAGUUUUCAACCAUGUUUAAUAUAGGAAGUUAAUUUGAGAAAGGUUUUUUUUUGGGGGGGUAAGAAGAUCUUCCUGGCUUUGGGGAACAGUAAGCCAUUUUGGAAUGUUUCUCUUUUUUGUUGUUCAUUUUUAUAUCCCACACUCCAAAAAAGAGCACUCAAGGCAGCUCAUUUUAAAAACAAACUAAUGGUACAUCAUAAAAAAAGAAAUCAAACAGUAGUAAAAGAAACAGCAACAGCAUGUAAAAAUCAAUCACUUUUUGUCUUCUUGCCAACUCUUCUGUUUAUUUAUUAAGGCACCCGGUCAACUGUAUCCUCUAUACCACUCCAGUGUAAGUUGGGAGUUGAGGCAUUCUGGUUUCCCAGAUUCACUUUAGAGAUUGAUUAGAUGACUGAAGUUGUACGUUUUAUGUAAGCCCCAAAUAAGUUUGCGGGUUGGACUCUGUUUGAAAUCAGUAGUUUCUUUCCCCCCAAAGCUUGCAAUCUAGCCUGAGGUAUCAAUUGCAAGUCCUGUGUGCUUGGUGGGAUACAGAACCCUAUGUCCUUCCAGAUGGCAUGGGACUGCAAUUCCCAUCAGCCCCAGGCAGCACAACCAAAGGUCAGGGAUGCUGGGAAUUGGAGUCCCAGCAGCAGUUGGAGGGCUACAGGUUCAGCAUCCCUGGAUUAAACCAUAUGUGACUUGAGCAACAUAACUAUCAACCCCCUGAUAGCAGAACAAACGAGAUGGCGGUCUAGUUUGGGAGAAAUGCCGCUAUCCUCUUUCUGCCAUGUACUUUUCCUUCUCUCCCUCCUGUGCUUCAGCAAUACAAGCCUGUUAUUUCCCAGAUUAUAAGAGAGACCUCUCCUCUGGCCCCAUCAGCUGUCAAUCUGAGGGAAUGGCACUGUAUUUUUGUCCUGCAGGAAAGUCCCAAUGUGCUCCUUCUCCAAGACCCCAGCAGGCCUCCUCCCGCCCUGCUCUUCAGCUGCCAAACAGGAGUCGGAAGGACCAACCUAGCCAUGGUUUUGGGCACUCUGGUGCUUUAUCACCGCAAGGGUGGGCUGCAGAAACAAGAGUAAGUAUACCUUUUCAUCCUGAGCUAGCAUAAUGGAAAUGAAGCCGAGAGGGAGGAGUGUUGGUUUGACUGGCAUUGGAGAUUCUGGCUUCCCUUACAUCCAAAUGUUGGGGCUGUACUCCAUUUGGAACUAUAUAGUUUCAAGGGGAGACUUGAAGACUCUUUUAGGUUUCACCUCCAUACACCACUCUCCCUUGCAGAUCAGUCUUUGUACCCUGGUUCACAGUGUCUCACUUUCCAUUGCUGCUAUAACUCUGAUUGGUGGGAGCAAGUAUGACAGUGCAAAUAGUUGUGUCUCAAGUAACUAAGCCACCCCAUAAACUACAGGAGAAGCAUUUGUGGGAACCCUAGACGUUCUAGGGCAGCCUUUCUCAAUCUUAGGUCCCCAGCUGCUGUUGGACUACAACUUCCAUCAUCCCUAGCUAGCAGGACCAAUGGUCAGGGAUGAUGGGAGUUGUAGCCCAACAACAGCUGGGGACCCAAGGUUGAGAAAGGCUGCUCUAGGGUUAUUAUGCUGGGAAAACAAAGCAUGCACUGCUUACCUUCCUACAUUGCAGGGGGUUGGACUAGAGGACUGUUUGGGUCCCUUACAACUCUGCAAUUCUAUGAUUCUGUGAUUCUAUGAUCUAAAUCUUUGAUUCUAUGAUUUUAUAUGUUGCAUGUAGAUGACCAAAAUGCAGAACAGGAAAAUAGGAUUAUGAAAUAAUUGGCUUGGGAGACAUUAUUGACUCCUGUAGUAGUAUAUAAGUGGCCAGCUCUUGAAGCGGAAUGAUAUUUCAUUGAGUGUGGAUGUAAUAAACACCAUGGCUUGUGUGUGUCUAUAUGAGGGUGUUGGUAUAUGAAGCAGGGGAUUACAUCUGAUGGAUAUUUUUGAAUGGGUGGAAUUGUGCUCUCAAGUUGGCAUAGCUGUGUGUGUGUGUGUGUGUGUGUGUGUGUGUGAAAGAGAGAGAGAGAGAGAGAGAGAGAAAGAAAGAAAGAGAGAGAGAGUUCACUUCACAUUAAAGAAAUCAUAUUUUGACCUUUUCCAAUUACAGCCUUCCACAGCCCACUAAGUCUUUGCCAAGGGAUCGAUUUCGAAUUAUUCAGACCUUUAUUGACAUAGUACCGAAAGGCCAGCAGAUAGUUGAGGAGGUAAGCAAAUUUGCAUUGAUUUGCAGAUGGAGCCUUGGCAAUAAAGUCCAUGACACCCAUCCCCUGCUGCCCUUGUCCUUCUCUUGACUCCCUUUCUCUUCCCCGCCCCCCAUUUCUGCUGUCUGAAGUCCUUGCCCGUGGCAGCUACUGAUGUAGAACCAAGCACACCAUAUCUCUUUAAGGCUAAGAUGGUGUUAUCGGGCACCACUUGUUCAGAAGUGAUUGUCAAAGCUCUCUUCACAACAGCUAGUCAAGGGUGUAGAACAGAGCUUUCCAAACUGUGUGUCGCGCGAACACUCCCCAAGCUCCUGGGGCUGGAAAGGGGUUAGCUUAACCUCCAGUUUGCUAGUAAAGCUGAAUUAUUGUGCUGCAAAAUGAUGCAUGUCCAAAAAGUGUGUCACCAACAUGAAAUGUUUGGGGAGCACACACCGGUUGCAGUGCUCCUUUAGCAUUAUUUGCAUAAUGGUUAAUGUUGGAGGUUGAUGAUGGACUUUCUUUCUUUUAAUUAGGUUGUACCUACCAGCACCGUUUUGGGGGGUUCUAUACAAAUGCAUGGAAUAGUGAAACAAAUUUAAUAAAACCUGGUUAAGAGAACAGCACAGUCAAAACCAAUGCUGUUUAUUCUCCCCAGUUGUUCUCAACCCCCCAAUGAAGAAAGGGAAUGCAUCUAUGCUAGAAACUUUUCGAUUACCUGUGAACUUGAUAAGUUUGAAGGUUGUCCAGAAAGUGGCCGCAAUUUUGAACUGUGCUGUUAAACUGGGGAGUGCCUUUCCAGGCGAUAAGACCAAUGGGGGUGUGCGCAAAUGUAGCAUGCAAGAGAUUGAAGGGUACAGAAUCCUCUCUCUCUUGAGUAGAUUGACAUUUGGCUUUUGGCUUUCUCAGGUGGAUUCCGCUAUUUCCUUGUGUUCGGAAAUGCAUGACAUGAAGGAAGCCAUCUACGAGAAUAAGAAGAAGCUGGAAGGGAUUGGAGAAGAUUAUCGGAUUCAGGUAUCGGUCGGGCUGAGCCUCCUCCUUGAAUUUUUAAGCAUUUAAUUUAAUGAUUGAAUUAGUUUACUACUUAAAAUCUUGACCUAAGCUUAUGGCAUUAUUAAGUUUCCUAAAGUGGCGUCCGCAGCUGGGUUUGACCCAUGUUAUGAUUAUGCCUUUCUAAGGGACAUUGGGAUAUUUAAUGUACGUCUACCUCAGCUCACAAAUGAUGUUUCCUUGGAAGAAAGGCCACCUUUUAAAAUUUAACUUAGGCUCCAUCUGUGUUGCACAUUAAAGCCAUGUCAUACCACUUUAAACAGUCAUGGCUCCCUCAAAAGAAUCCUGGGAACUGUAGUUUGUUAAAAGUGCCAAGAGUUGUUAGGAAGCCCCUAUUCGUCUCACAGCGCUACAGUUCCCAGAGUUUCCUGGGACGAGGGAUUGGUUGUUAAACCACUCUGGGGAUUGUAGCUCUGUGAGGAGACUAAGGGUCUCCUAGGGACACGGGUGGCGCUGUGGUCUAAACCACUGAGCCUCUUGGGCUUGCUGAUCAGAAGGUUGGCGGUUUGAAUCCGCAUGACAGUGGUGAGCUUCCAUUCCUCUGUCUCAGUUCCUGCUGACCUAUCAGUUCGAAAGCAUGUCAGUGCAAGUAGAUAAAUAGGUACCACUGGGGCGGGAAGGUAAAUGGCAUUUCCGUGCACUCUGGUUUCCGUCACGGUGUCCCGUUGCGCCCCAAAGUGGUUUAGUAAUUCUGGGCACAUGACCCAGAAAGCUGUCUGUGCACAAACGCCGGCUCCCUCGGCCUGAAAGCAAGAUGAGCGCCGUAACCCCAUAGUCACCUUUGACUGGACUUCGGAGUCAAGGGGUCCUUUACCUUUACUUUUUUUUAGGGGUCUCCUAACAACUUUCAGGAGCUGUGGGGUAUUGGCUUAGUUGUGUUGCUGCAACUCAUCCUAGCUAGGAACUUACAUUGGUAUACAUACACAUGUGACUUUGCCACUGCAGAAUAUCUUAGCAUCUUGCUUCCCUAGAAUAUUAAAAAUAAAUAUUAUUCUUAGCAUUUUAUGUAGUGCAUUAAAAAUCUUCCAAGGACUUCCAAGGGCCAUAGAGUAGCAUUCAGUAGCCCCAUUCAGCAUAACACGUUUUAUAGAAAUUGCACUUGCUCAUUAGUUCUCCCAAGCUUCAUUAGACAUUUUCUCCUUUUGCAUACCAGUUCAUUGUCGGUGUUAUGGGUUGCCUCUUAUUGGACCCACUGUUGUUAAUUAGUGUGUACAGUUCUCAAUAGUUCCGAGACUCGGCUUCAUCUGUCCUUACUGCUUCUUAGAUUUUUUGUUUCACUUUUUGAGAAAAUGCUCUCUCCGUUCCUCACAUACAGCUUUUUCCUAAAAGUUGACAAGAAAUGUGAAAAAGGAAAGAUGAGCACAGGUGACACACUGCUUCAAUUUUCCUUUUGGGUGCCUCUCUCCCCUUCCCUCCCUGCACACACACCCCCGCCCCCCGCGUGCCUAAAGACAUAAACAGGAUAGACUAUAAAAUUAUUCAGGUGUAAAUUAUGGCUAUAAACAAGGACGGGUUGUACUGAAAGUCAGAAAGCUUUCCAAAUGUUUAUUCAGGAAACCAGAAGGAUGUAUUGUUUUUUCAAGAGAACACUUGCCGUUGAAGAUAAAAGCACUUGCUAUUAUUUGUUUUUUAUCAUCACAUUUGUAAAGAAGGGUCCAGGCUUUGGGUGGUGCCAGGGCUCACACCAGAAGGGCUUUAUCUUCUGCGCCACCUCCUGCUUGGCUGAAGGAGACUUAACUGCACUUGCAAGGAAACUGUCUUACAUCCCUGGGGCAAUGUGUGUGUGGUGGCAGGGCUGAACUCUCAUAAAAGCUCUUUCCCUCCCAUACCUGAGGGUCUUUUUCUCUUGCCAGCUGUUCAAUGCCUUUGUCUCUUUUCCUUCUCUUUGUUCCUUAGCAAGGGCUGUGUCUAACAGGCAUGGAAGGUGCAAGGCAGGACUGGUGAGGAUGUGGGCUGGGGGGCGGGGAAGGGGCUUGGCUGGGGAAGGGGUGUGGGAUGAGGAGAAUCUUGAGGGCCAGGUACAAGUGUCUGGAGGGCCACAUUUGGCUCCCGCCCUGAGGUUCCUCAUCCCUGCCUUAAUCCAGCUCUAUUAGCUGCAGUUAGUCUCCUGUGAAAAAAGUGCUAUAUGCAAGGCUGUGUAAGCAACUCUUGGUUUUUAAUUUGUGCAAGGAAGGUGUGGCAGCUGCACCUCGGAAAAGAAGACUGAAGUAACAGUCCUUCAAUUGUUAAUAUUUCAUCAAUGUUUACUGUGCUUAUUAAUGAUUUAAUUUGUUGGAAGCUGCCCAGAGUGGCUGGCGACAUAUAAAUAACUUCUUCUUCUUCUUGCAGCGUUCCAAAGCCCCAACUCCUUUGAUAUUUGCCUUUAUAGCGAGGUGCAUUAGUAGGCACAAUACAGUUAAUUAGUUAGCACAUAAAUGAAUUUUUAGACCAUUAUUCAGUUAAAUACAAAGUUCAUUCUGUUGAUGCAUGCUGAAAAACUGUUGCCUAGUACUUUAAUCAAGGGGUUGAGAACCCCCUUUUUUUAGCCUGAGAGUCUUAAUUCCCUUCUAGUCAUCGUUCUGGGGGCCACACUAACACAGCCCCCUCUGUCCUCCAUCCAACUGAAUCACCUGACACCCUGUCACCUGACAUAAUGCUUCAAAGCAUUAUGGGAGUUCACAGAUGCAUUCUUGCCGAUCAGAAACACGCAAAGGAGGGGCACGGUGAGGAAAGGGGAUGUGGUCUGGCGGGAAUCCCAAGGAGCAGGCAGAGAGGCCACGUUCAUCCCUCAGGCCUGAGGUUCUCCAUCACUGCUCUAAUCCACCCUCUGCAGGCUGCUUGUGACUGGUAGGCGGGACUACCCACCUGUCAGCAAUGUGGCAUCCUGUGGUGUCAGGUGAUACCACUUUAAAGGAAGAAUCAGGAGUGUGAUUUAAGCACGUCCUUUGGAUUCUUUUAAAGGGUGGCAGGUGUAAGCCCUGCUUGCAAAGGAGCAAGCUGGCUGGUGUGCCAAGCACUGACCCACUGCUUGAGGCAGCUACCUUACUGUGCCUCAUAAUAGGGCCCAGCUCUGAGACUCAGGUUUGAAGAUCACUGGGUGACCUUGGGCCAGACACUGUCUCAUCACAACCCUAUCUACCUCAUAAGGUGAAAAAGAAUGGGGAAGAACCACUCCAUUUUGCGAAUGGAGCUCUGGAGCAGCCAUUUUGCGAAUGCAGCCCUGGAUUUCCUGUCAGGGUGAAUUUCAGUUUGGCCUUUGCAGGAUGUGGCUGGCGUAUGACUUCAGCGGCUCUGAGAAAUAAGCCUUUGGACCCCGCUCUACAUUUCAAACACAGGGACUGUUUAUUUGAAGUUCAAACACAGCAACAGCUCUUCUUAAAACAAUGGAAAAAUUUCCUAGGGUUAUGUUCUCAUUGGACAAAAUGCAUCAUGGAGGAAGAGCGAUGUGUGUCUCUGUAAAUCUAUGUUUAUAGUGUAUACCAUGCCUUUCCAGCUUGUAAAUCUCUUGAUUCCAUCUCAAAAGCCGCUAAUGGCUGUCAGCUAUAUAGUGGCUAAAUAUCCCUCUCUUCACCUCCCCUCAUCCCCAAUCUGGAACUGCAAAAAUGGGAAAGGUUGACCGGUACCUGGCAGGCCACAGUGGUUGGGCAGGCUACAUUUGUCUUGAUAAAUCACAUAUAAAUCUGAUAUCUGCACCAUUCAGUCUUCUUUCACUGAGAAAAGGCAAGAAGGGACCUUUUUGUUUAACAGGCUUGUAUAUAAGUUUACGCUAACAAAAAACAUGGUAUCGCUCACUCGACAAAUGAAUGUUAGAGGGCAACCAUAAAGUGUGUCACAAUUUUAAACUCUUGCCUCACCUUCACCCCACAGAUAAUUAGGGAGACUUUAAUGUGGCGCGUGCCCAGUUAUCUCUUCUCUCUCCCCCUUUAACGAAUAGCUGCAUAUUUUCCAUGCAGGAGAAUGUUCAGUUUAGUCCUAAGCAUGUUCCUUAAUCUUUUUGAUAAAUGACUUGUGGCCGGAUUUCUCUUAAAGGGGAUAACAAGUAAAUAUUAACGAAAGACAAUUAUGUAAUGUCACAGAUUUCCAGUGGACUGCUUGCCAAAUUCUUUCUCUCCCCCCGCCACACCUCCCCAAAACAGAAUGUAGUCCCUUUAUAAAUAGAGUCAAAUGUUAAAGUUCUACAUUUUCCAUAUGGCGAGCCAGUAUGGUUUAGUUUUGUAGUUGGACAGGGGAAAUCAGUCAAAUCCUCACUCAACCAUGGAACUCCCUGGGUGAUAAUAUCAAAGUGUUGAAAACCAGAUAUCGCCUAGCCCUACUCUGCGGGUCAAGGCCUCCUGGAGAUACCCUCUUAUUAGCAUGUUCAUUCUGCACCAAUGGGCUUUUAGUGUGGUAGCACCUACGCUUUGGAAUCCCCUCCCCAUGAAUAUUAACACAGCUUCUGUUGUCUUGGUGCCUAUCAAAUACAGUCUACCUUCAACAAAAUUUUUAAGCUAAGAUCUGUCCCAGUCUGUGUCUGUUUUGGAAUUGCUUUUAAGAUGUUUUUAUUGUUUUGUCACUUGGUGUUUGCUACCCAGGGCUUCUUUGGGAGGAAAGGUGGGAUGCAAAUUUAAUAGCAACAACAAUGGCAAGUGCCUCUUAUUAAUAUUACUAUUUGUGUGUUUGCAUUGUAGGGGAACAGCACCAAAGAGUAUUUCCUUCAGAGGACGUUGCAGAGCCUUGAGCGCUACUUCUACUUGAUAGCUUUCAACUAUUACCUUCACGAACAGGUGAGUAUUCUUCCCUGAGCCCCUAAACGAUGCUGUGCAUCUUCCCACCCUUGCCGGGUGUACCCAGUGAUGGGGUGCAGACACCUUACAUAUGUCAGGGAAAGUGGAACUAGAUGUUGCAGUGCCAAGGGUGGGGGGUAGGAACCAGACACCAAGCCUCUUUCUUCAGAGCCAAAAAAAGGCUCUCAGAGCAGCUUACGAAAGCCAGAUCCAAUAUGGUCCCUUGCCCCCUAAGACUUGCCAUGUAAACACAGGAGGAAAGUGAAAUGGGAGGGAAGAGGGGAAGCAAGCUUGAAAAUGAAGCAAAAAUAUCCUUAAAAGCUGCAAGAGGCAAAAAACAAAACAAAAAAGCUUUUAAAUCAGGCCAAAACAUCUCUUAAAAAGCCCCAUUUCCACUUUAUAGCAAAAAGUAAUGAGUCAGACAGGGUCUCUGUUGGGAAGGGUGUUCCACAGUCUAGGCACCACAGCUGUGGGGUGGGAGAAGCCUGAGCAGACCCACAUGGGGGUCCUUGCGAAAUGCUGAAUCCACAGAGACUGAAGUGAAUGUUGAACCCAACCAGUCAUCGAAAGUUUCUCUGCUGGCAAGCUCUUGGGCAGGCAUAGGCAAACUUGGCCCUCCAGAUGUUUUGGGACUACAACUCCCAUCAUCCCUAGCUAACAGGACCAGUGGUCAGGGAUGAGGACCAGUGGUCAGGGAUGAUGGGAGCUGUAGUCCCAAAACAUCUGGAGGGCUGAGUUUGCCUAUGCCUGCUCUUGGGAGUUUGUGGUCAGAUCAAAUUGUAAAGGGAGAUGGCUUGUGUUAGAUAAACAUUUAUUGCGCUAGCCAAAGGCGAUGGCAUCCAGUUGGCUGUUGUCAGUGUCACUGUCAUUCCCACUGCUCUUUACCGUUCACUCAGUGGCCACUAUGAUGAAAACAUUACGAGCCCAGUAAUAAAAGAAACCUUGAGCUCAGUCAAAUCAAGCGAAAACCCCCUUGAUAAUUUGCGAUGUUGGUGUACAGCAAGUGUUUCCCAAACUUGGGUCUCCAGCUGUUUUUGGACUACAAAUCCCAUCAUCCCUAGUUAGCAACACCAGCGGUCAGGUUGAGAAACACUGGUUUACAGGAAAGGAAAGGGAGAAAAGGACAACCUUAUAUCCUGUACUGCGACAGCAGAUUUGGCCACCAUGCCUGGUGUCUUCCAUUCCCAAGAAAACAUUUACAUAAUUCUCUCUGCUGCUAAGAUUAUGGCCUCAACUAGCAGCACCUUCAGCCAAUUCGUGUUAUUCCAUAAGGAGAAGAUAGUGUUUUUUGUGCCAACAGGAUGCCAUGUUUUCUAAUGAUUACUUGUGAUGUGUGCAGUACAUUGGUUUGCAGCCUGCUUCUGACAGUGUCCCUUUCUGUCUUGUCUCCCCUUCCUGGACUGGAAGUACCCCCUUGCUUUUGCCCUAGAUUUCAGCCGAUGGAUGUGCAGGCACUCUGAACUAUACAGGCUUCAGGCCAACAUGAACCUGUCGGAGCUUGUGGUCACAGGGGAGCAGAUAACUAAGGGGGCACGGGUGCUGGUGAGUCAACUAUUUUCAGUUAUUAUUAUUAUUGUUGUCGUUAUUAUUAUUAUUAAAUAUAUUUACCCUGAUCAGCCUGCCUACACUGCCUGACUCUUGAACACCCAUCUUGGACAGCAGCUCUGCAUUUUAUUACAUUUCUGUAAUAAUAAUUAUUAUUUAUUACUACCACAACUACAUUUAUAUCCCACUUUUCCUCCGAGGAGCUCAAGGUGUCGUACACAGUUCUCCCCAUUUUAGCCUCACAACAACCCUGUAAGGUAGGUUAGGCUGAGGCUGAGUGGGGAUUCGAACCCUGGUUUCCCAGGUCCAACACUCUAACCACUGUGCCACACUGGCUCCCGCUUGUGAUGUAAUUGAUUUCCUUGUUAAAGGGUUGGACUAUAUCCCCUUUCUCCCCCACCCCUACAUGCUCAGCCUUCUUCUGAGGAUGCAGCCAGGUUUUAUGAAACGUAACAGCACGUUCUUCCAGGGAUUCUGUUAAACUGAGUGUGUGCAGGCAUGCCUGAGCACCAGUGGACAUUGGGUGGCAUUCAGUGCUAGCCCUACUCAGAGUAGCCCCAUUAAGUUGGUAGACGUGGCUAAGUUAGGUUCGUUAAUUUCAGUGGGUCUGCUCCGGGUGGGAUAUAGUUGAAUGCCACCCAUUGGGUGGAUUACCCUCUGCACCUGCGUAUGCUUUGGGUGAUUUCAGAUCUGCAGCGCAUUCAUGUGAUUUGGGGACUAUUGUUGCUCUUUCUGUAGGCCACUCUUCCCCAACCUGGUGCCCACCCCCGGAUGCUGUUGGGCUGCGGUGCUUCUCAUCCCUGACCACCGGCCACAUUGGCUGCGGCUGACGGGCUUCAUCUGGAAAGGCACCCCAUUAGGUUUUUAGUUUAAGUGGGAUAUGGAAGGAGGUUGUUGGUGUAAGAGCUGCUGUCCUUCCCGCUAUGAUCUUGCCGAGGCAGGAAGUGCUUGAGGAAGUGUCUCUGGGAACUGCAUGAGCAAAAUGAAUGUCCAGCUUUUCCUAGUUGGUUGCCGCAGCCUUCAGAGUUCUUCUGCUUCUGUCACAGGUGGUGGAUGAAAGGUUUUCUCCAGAUGUGCUCAGCACGGUCAAGGAGAUGAGCGUGGCCAACUUCCGGAGAGUCCCCAAGAUGCCUGUGUAUGGGAUGGCACAGCCAAACGCCAAGGUAAUCGAACAAUGCUGUGUAGUUUCUGGGAAGAGAGACUGAGAUAGGGCCAGAGAGCUCUCGGAUUAAAAACAGGCAUUAUUAUUAUUACUAUUAUUAUUAAAAAAUCAAAACAGGAAUUUGAUCCUUAAAAAAAUAAAAUAAAAAGACAGUGGAGUUUCCAGAUUUCCCACACCUGUGAAACCCAGUGAAGUUGUGGAAACAAAAGGAAGCUGACUGAGAGCCCUUGAGAAACAGUCACACAACUAACCAGUUGUAGGGUUGUUGCUUUUUAAAUCUUUUUAAAUGCAGGCAUUUAAAUGCAGGCAUUCUCUGAUUGAUUGAUUGAUUGAUUGAUUGAUUGAUUGAUUGCUUUUCAGGUUUAUACAUUUCACUAAUUUUGCAAUCAUUUUAACAUUUCAAAACUUGACUUCCUUCCCCCUCUUUCUGCAUUACCUUAAACUUAUUUUUAAUAUCUUGUGCAUAUACAAAUUAACUUAAUUUGCUCAUUUAUUCAUCUUACUUUAAAUGUAUACUCUUAUAAAACUGGAGGUCAUUACAACAACCCUGCCAAUGUUAUUAUCUGCUUACAAUUUAUCUGUAAAUAUUCAAUAAACCACUUCCAUUCUUUUAUAAAGAGUUUGUUAUCUUGCUUUCUUAUUCUUCCAGUAAGUUUCACCGUUUCUGCAUAUUCCAUAAGUUUUUGUAUCCAUUCUUCCUUUGCUGGGACUUCUGCUUCUUUUUAUUUUUCAGCGAGUAGCAUUCUUGCAGCUGUAGUAGCAUGAAUAAGUUUCUAUACAGUUUUGGUAGUUCUGUCCCUAUAAUUCCCAAAAGAAAAGCUUCUGGUGUUUUUUUUUAUUUUUACAAACAUUAUUUUAAACAUCCUUUUCAAUUCAUUAUAUAUCAUUUCCCAGUACAGUGGUACCUCGGGUUAAAUACUUAAUUCGUUCCGGAGGUCCGUACUUAACCUGAAACUGUUCUUAACCUUUAGCACCACUUUAGCUAAUGGGGCCUUCUCCUGCUGCCGUGCCGCCAGAGCACAAUUUCUGUUCUCAUCCUGAAGCAAAGUUCUUAACCUGAAGCACUAUUUCUGGGUUAGCGGAGUCUGUAACCUGAAGCGUAUGUAACCCGAGGUACCACAGUAAGUGUUAACCUUACUACAAGACCACUAUUACUCAUUUUCUUCAGGCUAUAGGGAAUGUCUUGAGCUACCUGACAGAUACGAAGAGGAAGUAUUCCCACAUCUUGUGGAUCAAUCUUCGCGAAGAUGUGGUCCUAGAAGGGAACGAGCAAACCUACACCGUCCGAGAGGUUAGCAACCUGGAGCAGCAGAUUACAGUGCCUGCAAUGUCACCUGAACAGCUGGAGGUGAGAGCUCAGGCGCUUUUAACUUCUCUUUUUUCCUUCGCCAGGUAAGUAUUGGGAAACUUUUGAGUUGAUCUGGGGCAGUUAGCAUUUCACAACAGGCAGCCACUCUGCAGGAAUUGGGAAAAAAAUGAUAGUGUUUUUCUAGGGUGGCUUCUAAGGAUGCUAUGCAGUUAAAAAGUAUCCGACAAGGAGAUUCUUACUACCUUUUGACAUUUGAUGGCACUUUGCAUCUUUCAUUGUGGCUGUUGUUGUAUUGGUGUGACAGGCUAACUGUUGCACCCCCCACCCCAAGCCCCGGUUUUUAAACUGUUACGAUGCAGGAGUGAACAAGGGGGACACAUCCAUGGUGGCACGCUCAUCACAAAGGACAUUUUUCAGCCUGUUGUCUUUCCCAGAUUUAACCUUUGCGUCUCCAUAUGGAGCUGAUCGAUCAUCUUUCUUAGUAAUAACAGAUGCCAGCCUUGCUUGUUCUCCCUUUGCAUUAUUUAUCAGAUGAAUUGAGUUUGAAAGUAUUAUUGGCUCACUCCAUUUAUUUUUUUAAUUCCACCUUGGAGCACCUUGGAGCCUUAAAUUGAUCAGCUUUCUUUUUUUUUUAAUUGAUUUUUAUUGUUCAUCAAAGAUUUAAACAAAUUUACUUCACAUGCAAUAUGCCAUUCUCUUAUAUAUUUCUUUUUGACUUCCCACCCUGGUGUUUUUGUUCUUAUCCUUGGUUGCUGCAUUAUACAACUCCAUCUUGUAUUUUCCCCACCACCACUCAUAUCUCGAAUCCUGCUCACGAUUUAAUAUCGCUAUAAUACUUCAACAGUAUAAAAAGGCCUCCAGUUUUCCAUAAACAGUUCAUCAUUUGGGUCUCUUAGUUCUACAGUCAGUUUCGCCAUUUCAGCAUAAUCUAUUACUUUUAUAAGCCAUUCUUCUUGGGUUGGAAUCUCUUCCUUUUUUCCAUUUGUGCGCAUAUAGAAUUCUGGUUGCGGUUGUUGCAUACAUAAAACAAAUAGUCAGCUUCUUCGGAGCCUCCAUCCCAAUUAUCCCUAGCAACAAGGCUUUGGGGUUUUUUUUGGGGGGGGGAGCACCAAUUUAAACAUCUUUUAAAAUUCAUUAUUAUUAAUGGCACCGGCUUUCAUAGACCUCAUUCCUUUUUGUCAGAUGCACGCAGUUACAAAAAGUAGGCACACAAGGAUUGUGGGGAGGGGAAUUGUACGUGAGUGAGGCCAGAGGGAAACGAAAAGUGAUAAUUGCAUAGUUAACUGUGGUAAUUCCUCAUGAGCCUUUUUGUUUGUUGGUUUGGCCUCAUUGCUUCCCUCCUUCAGAAACUCGAAUCUGUUGUGAAGAAUGACCUGCUGAAAUCCCAGAAAUGGCUCGAGGUCUAUCUGGAACAGGAGAAGCAGAUGAAAAUGUUAAAGACAUGCCUGACCAUGCAGGAAGUCUUCAACCAGCACAAAAGCACCUGCCAAGGGUUGGUGUAUAAACGGGUUCCAAUCCCAGACUUCUGUGCUCCUAAGGAAAAGGUAAGCACAACAGAGGGACCCCAUAUCUCCGCCCCUUACCUUCUUCCACAUGGAGAAUUUUAAGAUGGCUGAUACUUAAGCAACCCUUCUCUCCACUUGCUAGUCUUCUACUGAAUAGUCCAGCCUUUUGUGGGUGCCUUUCUUUUUUGGGUGGGUGGGGGCAGGGAAGUGAAGCCUCUUGUGGGGAAAAAAUUGCACAGCUGCACAUAAUGCUUUGUCCUAAAACCAUUUUGUCAGCUAGACAAAAACCAGGGGCCAUUAUUUUUUCCCACCCCCCUUCGCCCCAUCCACUUGAUUUUGCAAUAGGGAGAGCUUCCGGGUUAGCGCCAUCGCCGAAUGGCGGACUCCCUCCGAGCUCCGGAGGGAGUCUGCUCGGCAGGGGCUGGGUCCUACCGCGCCGGCGACGCGGGGACCCUUAAAAACCACGGGCACGGAGUCCGUGGACAUGGGUGACUCGGCUUGCACCAUUAGCGCCCUCCCGACUCGUGAAGGAGCCUUUUUAAAGGCUUCGGAUCGGAGUGCCGGGGAGUGGCGUGGUGCUUGAGUCCACUGCUUUCCCUGCCGAGCGCAGCCGCAUGCCAUUCGACGGAGAGCGCUGACUUCUUCUAUUGAAAAUUUGGACUAUUAACAACAACCCGUGAGUAAUUGGGAAACCGGGUUCAAAAUUUUGGAUUUGGCACGAGCGGGGCGAUUUAAAAGGAAGUCAAUCCCCCCCCCUAUUGUAAGCAUUCCAAAACAAGGACUGGGUAACCAAGGUCCAAAGGGAAGUAUGUCUCUGAUAAAAAUCAUUAAUUUCACGAUGGGAAAUUAUAAGAAAUGUGCUGGAGGAGAAGAGUGGAGGGUGAGAAGAAAAAUGCAACCCCCCCCCUGGGAACCGGGGCGAUUCGUGGAGCCUGGUGAAGAGAGACGGAGACUUUGACAGCUGUUAAAGUGGCUGUCAAAGCUGGGGAAUAUAAAGAGGACUUUGUUAUGAGGACCUUGCUGGUUAAAUUUUGUUACAAUUUGCUAUAAUAUGGAUAUAAACUGUUGGAAAAUAAGCAACAAUUUGACUUUUGGAUUAGAGGAUACAAAGUUAUUACAAUCCCCUAGAGGGGUUUCGGGAUACUACAAGAACGGUCGUAAGUGGAAAAAUACCCUGGGAUUCGCACAGGAUUUGUUAUCUUCUGGGAAAGCUGCAAAACUGAAAGAGUAUUUUGUCUACAGAGGAAGACAAUGGAAUUUUUAUUGAAGAAAGAAAGGGACUGGACGUAAGUUUUUGUUCCUGAAUAACAAACCUCUGCAGAGACACUAGAUUUCUGAAUUAGAAAGUUUUAGCAGCUGAACAGGACAAGAAACCUGAGAAAGUGAGGAAUAAGAAGAAUAAAGGACUGAUUACGACACGGAAAGAACAACGGGAGGAGUGGUAAAGAUCAAGGAAAUUAAAGGCCUUUGUUAGAUUGGACAUUUGAAGUCAAAUAUUAUUUAAAUUAAUAAACUAAAAGAAAACCGGCAAGCUGGACUCGGGGAGAAAUCUGGUCAUGAAAUGAGACUUCCAAGCUGAUAAUGUAUAGACUGAUGGACAGGGGGAAUUCAACCCGGGGACGGGGGGGGGACCAGAUCUGAAAUCCAAAGGCUGUGUAACCAUUUUUUGAAUUUUUCUAUAUCUCUUAUUUUCUAUUUCUUUACAUAACUUACGCAUGUUAUUUUACUUUGAUCAGACGUGUUUAAAAAAAAAAAGGGAAUUUGUGGAAGGAACUGGGGUGGAUUUUGGGGAAAAUCUUUUUUUCUUUUCUGUUAAUGAAGUGGGACGGUGGCAAGAUUCGUACAAUUCAAUCUGGAUAGUGGGUUAAACAAAUUAAGCUUUAAAUUGGGAGUGAGAGCUUGUAGAACCAAAUUAAGGAAAGGGGAAUACAAUUGGGGGAGGGGGAGUCCCAGAAAGUAGGGAAUGAAAGUAAGGUUUUUAAAUAUCUUCUUUCUUUUGUCUUUUUUCUUUGUAUUUUUAUAUUUUUGGAAACUUUAAUAAAUAUGAUUUAAAAAAAAAAAAAAGAUUUUGCAAUAGGGAUGCCCCCUGGGAUUUUGUCUAGUCUUCGUGUUUUUAAGUAAACAGACCUGAUUUGUGCUUCAUGAAAUGCAGUUGUCCUGUGGUUUUUUGCACUUCUCCAAAUUAUGUGACACAGUUCACAUGACUCAACUAAAGUCUCGGGCUGCUCAGCCCCUAGAUGGGGGCGAGCCCGUCCCCCACAAUAAACCCGGUUUACGUUUACUUAAAAGAGGCAUUGGAACAUGCAUUAGUUAGGUGCUAUUUAGAAUCCCUUUGCAGCAACUUAGUGUGAUUAAAAUCUGGUCUGUUUGUAGUGGAUUUGCCUCAUCAGGGCAUUGCUGCCACCUAAAGGCCUUAUGAGGGACAGAACAUACAUUUGGCACAUGCCGUGAGUACAGUACUGAGCACAUGUGAAAAUCACACACAUACACACACACACACACACACGAGAAAGACUAGGCUGCUCACAAAUGCCCUUUGUGUGCCACCUUUAGGACUUUGACCAGCUGCUGGAAGCCAUGAAGGGUGCUCUGGCUGAAGACUCCCGCACAGCCUUUGUGUUCAAUUGCCACAGUGGCAGAGGAAGAACCACCACAGCCAUGGUGAUUGCUGUCCUCACCCUCUGGCAUUUCAACGUAUGUACUAAUUUGGAGACCUGUGUCCCACUUUGUGAGGGGUCUGGGAUUCUGCAGGGAGGGGUACCUGAUAUUAUGGGCAAAAUCCUUCCUGAAAUGUGUGCAGUGCCCAGGGUUUAAAUCUUCUUGGUGUUAAAAGUCUCUUGGCUUUUGCAGAACAAUUUUAAGGACUAGUUUCAACUUUUUUAACGUAUACAAUCAAGACACAAUAAUAUAUUUUCUCUUAUUUUUGUUGAUUCCCACCCCGUUUUUCAUGGAGUUGUUGUUUCUCCCCUUCCACUGCACCCUAUUUUCUAUCUAUUAAAUCAAAACUACAAUAUUAUAAUCUGAUUACACCUGUUUCUCACAGCUCAAAUCCUGCUCGCAAGUUCAUCGUACUAUAAUAUUUCUUUAAGUAGUCCGAAAAAGGCAUCCAUUCUUCUAUAAAAGAUUCUCUUAAUUUUGCUGUUAAUUUUCCCCAGUUUUUCAUAGUCCAUUAUCUUGCUUAUCCAUUCUUCUUUCGUGGGAACUUCUUGCUUCCACUUCUGCGCAUAAAGAAUCCUAUCUGCUGCUGUUACAUACAUAAACCACUUUAAUAUUUUUUGAUUGGGAUUUUAAGGAAUUUUCUUAACCUAGGCAAGAUACAUAAAUAGAAAUAAUGGAUAAAGGAUACAUUUUAAAAAGAAUGAUACCUUUUCUAAAACAUAGAAAGUGAAAAGUACCAGAAUUCUACAAUAUUCACAGUUCCUUGUGUCCUACAAUGGCAUAUUACUAACUUCAUAAGCAGCCAUAUAUUGCAGUUAGUAAUAAUUCUGUGAUACUGUUGUUUAUCUCCUGUGUUGCUCAAUAAUCAAAUCUAAGACUCCUCUUCUUGGUGCUUCAGGGAAUCCCUGAGAUGGUUGAAGAUGAAAUUGUGAGCGUGCCUGAUGCCAAGUACACCAAAGGAGAGUUUGAGGUGCGUAUCUUCUACUUUUAAAAUUAGGCGACAGAAUAUUCUUAAGGUAAUGUUUCUGAAAGGGCAGCCUUAACCACCACAAAUAAAUAAAUCAGAACUAUCACCACAAACACAUUUGAAUGCACAGGUGAUCUUCCAUCUUGCUCGGUUGCUGCUGACAUCAGUUUCUGCCACAUCUCUCCCGCUGCCUCUGCAAUAACUGAAUUUUGGGGACCCCUCCCCCAUGUUUUCAAGAAGGGUUCCCCAAAUGUGGUGAACCUCAAAAGGACACACCAGGACAAAGAUGUUUAGCCCUGCCAUAUCCUUUUGAGUAUUGCCAGGAACCUGGCAAGGUGAAGCAACUUUGACCCACCUUCCCGGAAGACACACAGGCGAUCUUUGCCAGGGACGUGCAGGGCAAAGCAUCUUCACCUGCGCAUCCUUUUCAAAAAAGUAAGGUGGCUGGCAGUGGAUGGGCCUGGCUGGAUUGGGUGGGGGGCAUCACACAUGUGACAUUAUGCAUGCGCGUGCGCCCCCCCCCCAAUAUUGGGCACAACUCGGCACCAUUGCAUUAGUUUGCAGCUCAGAAAAGAAAGGGACAAAAACAAAAUAUUUAUUGAGGAACAGAAUCUUUUGUCAGUGCUGAUGUGAAUCUGGCAUGAUCCACAUCUUCCAUGCUGUUGGGUGGGUUUGUACCGCCAUACCCAGCAGGUCAGUAAGACAUUUUUGCAGGCUGGUAACUUUUGUGGGCUUAUUUGCAAUACUGCUUUAAAGGGAUCUAAAGGGUCGGAACUAAGUGUGACGUGUUGAUUCCUGUGAACAUUCUUGAGACUGGCAUUUGCGCUUGUUAGAAGGUACUUUUGAGUCCCUUAUGUGAUGUUUUUGCAAAACCAGUAGGGAACGGAAUGCCAGAAACGGGGGGCAAACUAUUUCCCUCUUUACUUCCCCCAGAAGAAAAUUUCAGCGGCUUAACAUUUGCUCUUUGUGAAAGAGAACAUUCCAGGUGGGAAGGUUUCAUGUUAAGCUGGGCCCUUGCUUUUGUCUGCCAGGUGGUCAUGAAGGUGGUUCAGAUGUUGCCGGAGGGACACCGAAUGAAGAAGGAAGUAGAUAUGGCACUGGAUACCGUGAGUGAGACGAUGACACCCAUGCACUAUCACUUGAGGGAAAUCAUCAUAUGCACCUACAGACAGGUAGGCCUAGCAAACACGUACCAUGGAUGUUGCUUUGAAUUUCCGCACGCCUUUGGUGGCUCCCUCUGUUCUUUGCCAUUUCGCUCUGCUGUUAAGACAGACAUAGGUCUGUUUAUACUUGGUGAUUAGUUUCAAUGGGCAGGGCUGAAUGUGCAAAUGAGAUGGCGGGAGGUGUACAACAGGGAGAGGACAGAGACAUCAAGAAGCAAAGGGUGUUUGCGGUCUGUUCAGAUUAGAUAGAGAUCAACUGCUGAUCUCAGGAGCUGAGUGCACAAGUCAAUGGGGAAUGGGCUGCAGUUUUGGUUAGAAAUGGUUUGCCUGCAGUUUCAGAGAGCUUGUCUUUGACUGAUCCACAUGUUGUUAUAGCUGAGGCAGGGAGGGUCUGGCCCCCUGCUGCAGAACCUUAUGCCGAGCUUGUGUUCAGGACUGUAAGAAAUUCUGUGGCCUUUAUCAGUUAUAAGCAUUAAGCACGCUUACAUAAUUUCUCAUAUUUAGCUUAGUAUAUUCUCCAAGUGAUACUCUGCUUUGUCUCUCAUGGCUUUUAUAGUCCUGGGAAAGGGGGCAAGGAGCUCUCUUAUCUACCCAGAAGCUAUCCUUCCUUGUAAGACACGUGCCCUGAUUUGCAUUGUCUAUAAAAAGGACAUCAAAGCCUGCCAGUUUCUACCAGAGCUGCUGGUCGGUUACAGCAAUCCUGUGCAUCAGCGCUAGUGCUCACCAUCAUACGGCUAUCAAACACCCACCCACCCACAGACAUUUGCACAUCCUCUGCAACAAUAUAUCUGGAAAGGCACUUCUUGCGUACAAGUUCUGUGAGGCUUUCUUUGCAUGAUAUUUCAUGGAUGGCAAAGGAGCUUUUUUAGAAACAAAACAAAAACAUGCUAUCACAUACGUAACUGAAUCGUGAUUCUGUGCUAAUGUAUAAAGAUCACUGAUUCCAGCACCACUGGCUCCCUGGAGUCAUUGAAGCCUAAGGCACUCUGACACCAGUUACAGAAUGCUGAACAAUGUGGGUCACUGUCUGCAAACAUGACACCAGUCCCAUGACAGCCUAACCUGCAUGGAAGCUGUUUGCAAUUGUUGAUAUACUGAGCAACAGUAGUAUAUAUUAGCCGAAUAACUAGCCUUCAGGUCACAGAGUUCAUUAUUUACCCAAAGCCAACAGAGGGCAGCCGAGUGCCUUUGGAUUUUCUGAUAAUAUGUAUAGAUGCUUUUCUGAAAUCUGCAAAAAUCCAAACAAAAAUAAUAGGAGGAAUCGCAUACUACUUUAGAAAGCUCAGGAUACUGAGUCAGUGUGACAGUCAUUUUCCUUCCAGUUUAGAGAUGGCUCACAUCUCCGUGUUUGCUGCUUGAUACCCUGCAUGUAUGAAUGACCCAUCGUGCAUGAAAUUAUUUUUAUUUUACUCCAUUAUUACUUACUUCAUAUAUGUAAACACCGCAGAGGGAAAUUUCAUGUUGUCUCAGAACGCAAUCUCAAACUCAGUCAUUUUUUUCAACAGGCUCCAUGGUUAUUCUGCCUCCUAUAGUGAAAUAAACGUACAUGCAUAUGGGAAUCGGAUCCAAGAUCUAGCUUAGGAAGCCAAUGUUCGGAGCAUUCACUGCCCAGACCCAACACACAGCUUCAAGCUGUUUGCAUAUAGGGUGGUUUCUGCUAGUCAUUAAAAGAGACCUUGUGCCAGUAUUGCAGACACAGAACUGAGCCUGUGUGUCUUUUUUUCUUUUUCACUGGCUUGUCUUUUUCCCCAUUACCCUGUCUGGAAAAACCUGUUUGACUUCCCUGCUAUCAAAAGCCCAGCAGUUCAAGAUGAAUGAAAUUUGGCUUUCCUGCCUCAGCCGCAAAGCUCUAGGGGAACUGUGGUUCUUGACAGAUGUGGGCUAGUUUAGAGAUCACACUGACCUCCGCUAGUGUGCCUAAGGUUUAUGAGAAGCAAGAGCCUAUAGCUGGCAGGGGGAUGAAAAGGGCCUUAAAUGUGGAGGUGGGUGAUCUUGGUCCUGUUGAAGACCUUGUUGCUUUGAUACUUACCCUCUAUCUUUCCUUCAGUUAAUAAAAAUGAAAUCCAGCAUCCUAACUAAUAUUUAUCCCUGAAUACAGCUCUUCUCCCUUUUACAGCUGUGGGCCUUUGUCAUCAUGUGAAGCUUUUGGGUGUUCUUAGUGAGUGGAAAACCCCACUAGAUGGCAGGUUUCAACAGCCAAGCACUCUCAAAGGCUACGAACACAGCAUUAUUGCAUGACAUAGUGAAAACAACAAAACCUUAAUUUUAAGACCAUAUUAUCAGGGUGUGUUUUAAAAUCUCACUGUCAAUCUUGUGUGUCUGCUUUUCUUUAAAAAGCAAACAAACUGUUUUAAUAUCUCCAUAUUUAACAUUUUUUUAAAAACCAACAACAACACAUUUGUUCAUAGAGAGCUGGUGGAGGAUUUCCCCAUUUGGUAGCACAGUCCAUGCAAGACUUGCUAAAACUAGCAGUGAAUCUGAUCCUUGCAUGUGCUAGGCUGUGUGCAGGCAUUUCCUCACCUAGCAAAUGGUUUGUACUUUGAUUUCUAAUCAACUAUUGGAAAGGAGGGAAAAGGUGGCUUCUCCUUGCCUAAUCCUGAGCAAAUUGUCAGAGCUGGCAGCAGCUGCCAAUGGUCUACUAGUGUGUGGGUAGCACACAUCCCCUAAAUUAGGAUAUGUAUUGUGCAGUCCUGAGUAUGUAGAGGACUCUGUAUGAAGAGGAUUUCCCCUGAGCUAUGGCCUCUUCUUCCUGACUUGUGCACAGUCCGAUUUGGAGAGCAAUACGUGUAAUCGUGUCUCAACUCCCAAAUUGUACUUGUGGAAUUGGGGCUAAUUUAAUUCAUGCAUGACUAAUAUUUUAUCAACGAUCUCUGUGGCCAAAAGCAUUAAAGGUCUGUAACACAUAAUUAACACGUGAAAUAGGUGGAAAUGCCACAAAGAUGCAACGAUGGCUUUACAUUAUUUUAUUUUAUUUUUUGCUAGAAAAAACAACAACACCAUGUCGGUUAACCAUUCCUGGCAAUAAUGCCAUUACAGUGUGACACUCUGAAUGCAAAUAAUAAUAAUAAUAAUAAUAAUAAUAAUAAUAAUAAUAAUAAUUUAUACAUACAUACAUACCAUAUUUUUCGCCCUAUAGGACGCAAUUUCCCCUCCAAAAAUGAAGGGGAAAUGUGUGUGCGUCCUAGGGGGUGAAUGCAGGCUUUCGCUGAAGCCUGGAGAGCGAGAGGAGUCGGUGCGCACCGACCCCUCGUGCUCUCCAGGCUUCAGGAAGCUCUGCGCAGCCCUCGGGAGCCCGGCGCAAAGUCGCACUGGGCUCCCGACGGCUGCGCGGAGGUGCCUGCAGCCCCGGGCUCCACGCAGCCCUCCAGAGUCCGGCGCGAAGUUGCGCUGGGCUCCUGACGGCUGCGCGGAGCUGCCUGCAGCCCCGGGCUUCGCGCAGCUCCGCGCAGCCAUCCGGAGUCCGGCGCGAAGUGGCCUGCAGCCCCGGGCUUCGCGCAGCUCUGCUCAGCCCUCCAGAGCCCGGGCUUCGCGCAGCUCCGCGCAGCCAUCCAGAGCCCGCUGCGAAGUCGCGCUGGGCUCCCGACGGCUGCGCGGAGGUGCCUGCAGCCCCAGGCUUCGCGCAGCUCCGCGGAGCCAUCCGGAGCCAGGCGCGAAGUCGCGCCGGGCUCCCGAUGGCUGCGCGGAGCUGCCUGCAUUCCGAAGCCUGGGACGCGCUGAAGAGCCGGGCUUCGCGCCCCUCUCCGCAAGCCUGGGGAGAUCAGCGCGACUUCGCACCGGGCUCCCUAGGCUUGCAGAUAGCAGGCUGUUCUGGGGGCUGGGGUCGGGGGAAGCUCGGGCUUCUCCCGCGCCAGCCCCGCGCCUGGGGGGAAAAUAAUUUUUUUUCCUUUAUUUUCCCCCCAAAAAACCCUAGGUGCAUCCAAUGGGGCGAAAAAAUACAGUACCUUGCCCAUCUGGCUGGGUUUCCCCAGCCACUCUGGCGGCUUCCAACCAAAUAUUAAAAACAAUACAUCACCAGACAUUAAAAACUUCCCUAAACUGGUCUUUUAAAUGUUAAAUAGUUGUUUAUUGCCUUGACAUGUGCUGGGAGGGCGUUCCACAGGGCAGGUGCCACUACCAAGAAGGCCCUCUGCCUGGUUCCCUGUAACUUUGCUUCUCACAGUGAGGGAACUGCCAGAAGGCCCUCGGAGCUGGACCUCAGUGUCCGGGCUGGAUGAUGGAGGUGGAGACACUCCUUCAGGUAUACAGGACCGAGGCCGUUUAGGGCUUUAAAGGUCAGUGCCAUCGUAGGAAGGGCAGUUCCACAGAUUUACAGAUAAAUCAGCCGUGGCAACGGAAAGAAACUUUCACGUUAAAAGACAUACUCAUGAAUAGCCAAUGGGCAGGAAAAAUAAUGGGUUGGCUGUCAUCUUCCAGUGCUGUUUGUGAGCUCCUAGAAUCACCACUACCGAUGAAGUAGAUAGGCUGGAUCCAGCUAAGGCAUUAUCCCCUUGAAUACAAAGGGAACAGGGCACCAGGAGGCCAGUGUCUUUUUUUACAUAUGAAAGUCUCUGGUAUGGUUAGUAACACUUAACAGUUGUUUAAAAAAUGGGUUUUAAAACAGCCUACCCCCUCCCUCUCGAAUUUAUAAUCUUCAUGAGGGCAUAUCUUUCAAUACACACUUUUUUAGACCCAGGUUUUUCUUCUUUGCUGCUGCACCGAUUCUGGGAGCACUGGUGCCUUUUAAGUUUUUCAGGUUUUCCUGGUCGGUAUAAAAUGUAAAUACAGAGCCGUGGGACAUAAGCAGGUAGUCUUCUCCUGCGCCUCGUGAAAAGAGUCCUCUUUCCAGUGACCUCGAAUCAACCCUGGACCACGUGGUGUUUUUGGAAAAAAGGAAAGCAGAAACAUUUCAGAAAUAACAAGCAUAUACCUCCCAGGGCCUUUGCAGGGAAAAAAUGUCAGCCUGGGCUCAGUAUUCGGGAUUGGUGUCUGCAUGGACUAACAAUAAAUAAAUAAAAAGAGUUGUUCUGGAGGGAAACUUCACCUUGAAGUUACUUAAAAAUUUAAAAAAGAAAUCCUGGUCAGGAUUGCAGAGCAACACCUCAUGCUGAGAGUUUCAGCAGUGCUUGCAGCCUGCAAUGGAAAACGGAAAAUUAUCUUUUCCCCCAGCUCCUGUAACUGUUCAGUUACAGACUUUGUUAUCAGAAAUUUGUCUCUCCUAGAUUUUCCAGUGUGGCUAUGACAUGGCUUGACUUCUGUUCUGUUAGAGGUACCAGUAGCAUCAUUUAUAUGGGUUGGGGAUCUAUGGCCCUCCAGAUGUUGUUGGACUCCAACUCCCAUCAGCCCCAGCCAGCAUGGCCAAUGGUCAGGGAUGAUGCGUGUGUUGUCUCAAGCAACAUCUGGUGAGUCUCAUCAGGUUCCCCACCCCUGAUAAUAUGGAAGAAAUAUUUUUAUUCUUUCUCCUUAGGCUUUUCUUAGGACUAAAAUGUCAAGAUGUGCUGAUGUUUUGUUUUUUAAUUUACAAAUUAAGAGUGCGUAUUUGGACUCUCUUAAUGCAUAGCUAAUCUGUGCUAAGUGAUCCUGAGUAUGCACUUUUUUUUUUGCUUUGUUGGAUCAGAUCAAGGCCAAUCUAGGUCAGCAACCAGCCGGCACUAAGCAAUUCACCAGGAAUUUGGCCAGUGAGCCAUGAACUAUCUUGGCAGCGACAGAAUUGCUGCUAGUAGAAUAAGGGUUAUUGGCAGGCUAUAAAGUGAAUAAGAAAGCAACAAUUAUAUAUCUAUCUAUAUCUAUAUCUAUCUAUCUAUCUAUAUAUAUAGAUAUAUAGGCAUUAGUGUAACAACAAAUUAAAGAAAGACAAAGUUGAUUUUCUGCUAUAAUUGGAAAUCAUGGCCAAUUUUGAAAUUAAAAUAUCAAAUAAAAUGGACAGUCUAUAUGCAAAUGACUAUGAAUAGCUUUAUAUGGAAUUUGGUACUCUGAUUAAACAGUGGAGAAAAUGGACUCUCUUCUUUUCAGGAAGGAACUCUAUGGAUAAAAUGGUUUUGUUAUCAAAAUUAAAUUUACUGCUUCACAGCCGAGGUGUGUGGCCAAGUCUAAGGGAAUUGUCACUUAACAAGGGCUCCCUUGGAAGUUCAUAUGUUACACCAAUGCUCAUUUUUUUUGGGGGGGGGGUAUCUUUUUGGAAUUGCUUCUGUCACAUGGAAAGCCCUUGAUGCACCUUCUGGUGAGUGAAGAACGGAAGCAAUAAGGCAACUUUUACUGGUUACCUUAAAAUCAGUACGGGCUAGAAAUCAAAAUGAAUAUUAACUGGGAUGUUAUGAAUCCAGCGCCAAGGAUUCAACCUCAUGUGUAGCCUCCAUCCCAAAAUUUAUAGAUUGCUGCUCUUGGCUACAUCCAGUAGUCCAUUUUUAGGCCACAGCUGUGAUGACAGUAUUCCAAGGUCAGGGAAUUUUUAAAUUCCACAUCAUAUGUGUAAUAGACAAGAUUGGUCUCCCAGUGAAUCCGCGAUUGUUCUAAUAGAGGGGGACUUGUAUGUAGGGCUGCUCUAAAUAUUAUCCUGUUGUCAUUUUCAGUCCAAAAAUACUGCUUCUGGGUGGCACUGUGUUCAGAAAUAUUUCCCAGGGAAAACAAAUUUUUGCAUUUGAGAAUAUUCACCAUUUAUUCUCAUCCUGUUCACCAAUGCUUUAGCAUGUUGUCUCUCUCUAGAUACUGAUUCUUUCUCCUUCUGAGUUUAACACAGAAGAGACCAUGUCAACGAUGGAGUGACAUGUGAGGGCAUCACAGACCUGUUACUGCUCAGUUGGAGUUGACUGUGAUGAUAUCACUGAAGUAAAGCCAGUUGAGGAAGAAAGGACAGUGUAAAUCAGUGGUGGGAAACCUUUUACUUUUGGAGGGCCAUGCUGCUUUCUGAGUAACCUUCUGAGGACCAGAUGCAAGUGGUGGAAAUUGCCAGAGGCAGAAGGAAUGAAUGUAAAAUUUAGUUUUAUACAGAAGGGUAGUUUCUACACAUGUCCUUCAUCCUGGCAAGCAGGAAGCAGGAUUCAAAGAUAGCAUUCCAGCCAAACAAAAUCACUCAAGGAGGAUGCAAAGCAGGGCCAGGAGGGGGUGUGGCUGGGGAGAAGGGGGCGUGGCUUGUGGAGUGUCCCAAGGGCCAGGUGGGAGGGGCUUGGGGGGUGCAUUUGGCCCCUGCAUCUGAAGUUCAACUUCCCCGAUGUAAAUGAACCAGGUGAACCUUUUUUUACAACUGUUGCUGGGAAAUAGUUGAGAGCUGUGUGCUUUUCGGUGGAAAAGGUUUCUGAAAUAAAGCAAGUGCUCUCAGUUCAGCCCUGCUUUGGAUGUUUCUGUAAGCAUUUUAAGCCUCCGUUCGAUACUUAACAUGACAAGACGCGAUGUGGUCCUUUGAGACUUAAUGUGGUUUAUUAUGUACAAAUGUGGAAAUGUUUAACGUCUGCCCAGUGCUAAAUCAGGGGAGGCGUUGCUCCAAUCAGGCUGCCUUGGGUUGUCUUUGCACUCUUCAAGUGCUGCUGUUUUCACCCCAAGGAUCAAGCAAAACUGACUCUGGGGCCUGGAAUGUGUGGGGUUGUUGUGUGGUUUUUUUUAGCACAGCAGUGUUUUUUCUUUUCUGUACUAAAUGGUUUCCAGGUGACAGAGGAGAAUGCCGUGCCCCUGGCUCUCUCCUAAAACACUGGUGGGUUUUAAAGGUCUCCCCACACCCCACCCCACUUUGUUUUUAACGCAAGUUCAGGUGCCUUUUAAAACCACGUGCCAAAAUUCCAAAACAGCAGCCUUCGAGCCUUGCCACGGUAUUGGCACAAAGCUCCCUUUCUCCAGCCCAGUGAGGUCAGCAAAAGGUCAGCAGGGAAAUGGGCCUUUGGCUGCUAACUUGCUUUCAAAUAUUCAUCCAAAGCAGUAAUAGGUGGGUGCAGUUGUUAUCUCUACCAUUCUCUUGCUAAAACCGGCUCUUGCUCAAAGGUUCAGUCUCCAUCAAGGUCCUCCCAGCUUUCUUCGCGACUUGUACCAGCGACCUGAUCACAGCCAGAUGUGGCCCCUUCAACCUUGCCUGCCGCAUUAGAAACAACAAUGCUUUACCCCUCCUCUUUUCUUGUCUCAUGUAAACUGCUGAAGAUUUCCUUGGAGAAUAUUCCCGGUUCGUCAUAACCUGUUUGCAAGUCUCUAUGUCAAUUUCUUUCUUUCUUUUAAUGCAUGCUUGUUCCUUCCUUCCAAGUAAACCUCAUGGUUCACAUGCCACGAUGCCUAAACGGCGGUUGGGUGACUUUUUGCAGGCAUUGCCCACGCCAUCAAAACUUGCAAAGGGAGGGAAAGAAAUAAAUUGCCACGCAGAUCAUCUUGUUGCAUAUGGCGUUCAUCUAUGUGAACAUUGGAUUUUUAUUGCGGAACGAGCUUUCCAAGAAGCUGCUAGUAAAGAAACUUUGCAAUAAAAUGUAGGCUACUUCUUCCACCCAUAUUAGGUUCAUAUUGCCUGCUUUUGUGCGGCAAGAGCAAUAUUUGCCACACAGAGUUGCAAGAGGUGUUUGGUUAGGCACUAGGUGUGUCUUUGGCAGGAGAACAGCUUGCUGUUGAAUAGGCUCCUCAUCAGAUGAGCACGAUUUCCAGGUUGCGUGUGAAUUUGGAUUAGCUUACUUCAUCUUGUCCGGAUUGUUUUUGUUAUUGCCAGGGUAAUGGAACGGCUGUGUUUUUGUCCAGCAGCUUUACUCCAAUCCCUAGCAUUUGAAUGAAGGCAUUAAAAGGUACCCCACGCAGGUGGGUUACGACAUGUUCCUCCCUGCAGAUCCUAAAUGGCACAUCUUACCUGCCAGUGCUGUACCCUGCAGGCUUUCCAGAAACAGCUUGAAGUCUUAACUUUCUGUACAGGCUUUUUCUUGAAGGAGAGGGCAGAGUUGGUGGGUUUGUUUCCUACUGUUGCGCUAGAGGCUAAAUCUCAGUAAUCUUGUGUCGACUACUUCUUUUGUUUUUAUAUAUCACUGUUAACAAGUUUGUUCAUUUUCUUCUUUGUUAUUGUUCACCACGUUGUGAGCAGUUUCCUCAAGGUUGACUGGUAGUGCCUAUGCAUGUUUUAAAACCCAGGGGACUCAAUGGGAAGAAGAAGAAGAAUAGUUUGGAUUUGAUAUCCCGCUUUAUCACUAUCCUAAGGAGUCUCAAAGCGGCUAACAAUCUCCUUUCCCUUCCUCCCCCACAACAAACACUCUGUGAGGUGAGUGAGGCUGAGAGACUUCAGAGAAGUGUGACUAGCCCAAGGUCAACCAGCAGCUGCAUGUGGAGGAGCGGAGACGCGAACUCGGUUCACCAGAUUACGAGUCCACCUCUCUUAACCACUACACCACACUGGCUCCAGUGGGGGUAUUGGAGGGGGGAAAGUGUGUCAUAUGUGUUUCUAAAAGAAACAUAUUAAAUAGAUUUCUUUCUUUUUUUAAUCCCACUGUCCCAGCAAGAAAAUGUUGUAAUAGUAUUGGAAUACUCAGAUACGGUAGGUGAAGAGAAGAAACUCAACUUAAGGACAAGUUUACAAAUGAGCAUUCAAGCCUCUUGUAAGCCACAUAGCUCUGUGCAGAUGGCUAAUGUUUUCUCAGUGACCCAUCUGUCAGUUCACUUUCCGAGUCAACACCUGGUGGUUUCUUUGACUUGGAUCAGCAGAGGAGAAUAAGGAUGUUGCAGCUAUUGUCUUCUUUGCGAUCCAAGAAGAAGCUGGAGGGAGGCUGAGCAACCAGUGGCACUGGCAAAGAGUUGGCUGGGGGCAUCGUCAACUGACUCUGGCAGCUGUCAUAUUUGGUAGCUAUUGCAGCCACCUGGAGGCUUCUCAAUGCGCAUGGGCUCAUUCAUGGAUUCCUCUGUGAACCAGGCAACGGAUUUUAGCAGUUGUAUUUAUUCCGAGCACUAUGCAGGGAAACUGGGCUGCCACAGAGCUUAUAAUGUGUAGCUGGAUAAUAACUUAAAUGGUAGAUUUAGACAGAAAAGUGGAUUUGCGGUGGCUUCUAGGAUAUUUUUUUAGGAUGUGGGUUUCUUCGGGUUUUUUAAAGUAGUGUCCUAAAAAUAAAGCGCUAACGGCUUUCUGCAUGUUCUAUUCAGUUACACAGGACAGAGCUGAAUAACUGGUGUCUGUGGCAGUGGUCUGCAACACAAUCCUGAUCUCAAAUUGCUAUUGGUGGCAAACCUCCUGCCAGGUUUGAUUGAGCAAUUGAUCAGCAUCAUAUUUUGAAUGCCUCCUAUUGUGCAUGCCUGUAGAUGAGGUUGCAAUGUCAUUUUUUCGGUGCCCCCCCUUUAAUCCCUGCUGAGUUGGACUUCCACAUCAGGCAAGUUUCCUAAGUUCUAACUAGGAGGGAUUCAUCCACCCCCCCCCCAAAAAAAAACCUUCUGCCACACACCAGGACAGACAGGCAUAAUUAAACGAGAGUUUCUCAUUGACAUCUGUGUAUAACUCUCUGGGGGGAUGAAACUGAAACAUAAUUUGUACAUUAAUGUCAUCUGCUUCCUGUCAGCUUGGAUCUCAAUUUAUAUGUAGUCCUCUGACUUUUCCGUUCAAGAAAAUGACAAAUUGGACAUGAGCUCUUUGAAUACAGGAUACGCUUUAUUUAUGUAACUUCUUUAAAAUUCGCUCACAUUUUAUAAAAUGGGGAGCUGAUGUAAGUGAGAAGUACAUAUAAACCCCAUGUGGCUUUUAUUUAAUUUGGUUCCAUUUUGAUGCAAGGAAGGUUGGGUUAAUGUAACCACCCAUAUUUCAGUCAAGCCACAGGCAAAAUUUGGGCUGUGGAGGGGGCUUGUUCAUACCCUCCUCACCUAGGAAUUGUCUACACGGGGGGCUGCCUUAUCCUUUCGAGAAUCUCUGCUUUGGAAUUGUAAAGCUCAAAAGAGAACUGGCAGGCUGGCUGGUGAAACCUUGUGCUUUUGAUAGGCUUAAACUAGUUUAAUGGUGAGAUGAAGGCAGGUCAGGAAGUACUGGUAGAUUUAUAGUUAAUCUACAAGAGUUUCUGAUUCUCAGCAAAUGAACAGUCUUCCCUCUGCCCCACAAAUUAAGUUGUAGACUCCCUGGUGUAGCUUAAGGUGCUGAUUUCUACAUGUUUAUUUGCAGCUCCUCUCAUCUCAUGGCAUGGUGGGUUUUGGCUGCACCCAUUGCCACUUGGCUCUGGUUAAUAGACCUUAGGGUUUUUGUAGUAAGUGUAAAGUAGAUCGUGCAGACCUAAAGUCUCCUCACACUUUUGCUGGACCUAAGUUAUCCCUAGCUGCUGUUCAGAUCCAGAAGGCUUGGUGGUGCCCUUGUUUCCUCCCCUUGCAAGCAACUCUUUCUCAGCUGUGUUCAUCCGAGCUCCAUAAUAAACACCAUAUUUUUUGCUCUAUAAGACGCACCUAGUUUUUGGAGGAGGAAAACAAGAACAAAAAUAUUCUGAAUCUCAGAAGCCAGAACAGCAAGAGGGAUCGCUGCUCAGUGAAAGCAGCAAUCCCUCUUGCUGUUCUGGCUUCUGGGAUAGCUGCGCAGCCUGCAUUCACUCCAUAAGACGCACACACAUUUCCCCUUACUUUUUAGGAGGGAAAAAGUGAGUCUUAUAGAGCAAAAAAUACGGUAUGUUUGCUGAGCCUUUUAGACCAUAUUCUUAGACCGCAGUAGCCGCAGCAUGUGCCCGUGACUCCUUGGCCGGUGCAUACAGGUCAGCCAUACAAAGAUACAUAGUCAAACAGACCAGUGGCACAUUAAUUUUGUCCCAGAUUCCAGCAUAGCUUCACCACUCCAGGCACCCCAACAUUUCUAACCUGACCUGUAAAGAGCCAGUGUGGCGUAGUAGUUAGAGGGUUGGACUAAGACAUGGGAGACCAGGGUUCAAAUCCUCCCACCAGCAGUGAAGCUCACUUUGGCUGGUCAUUCACUCUCAGCCUAACCUCCCUCAAAGGGUUCUUGUGAGGGUAAAGAGGGGGAUGAGGAGAACUGUGUAUGCCACCUUGGGCUCCUUGAAGCUGAGGGAUAUAAAUUAAAUUAGAGAGAGCGAGAGUACUUCCAGAUGAGACCUGCUGCACUGUGUGGGCAACAGACCGACUGUGCCCUUGCUCGGGUGGCACAGUAGUAUUGCUCCUGCCUGCCUGCCGCUCUCCUGGUCUGCCAGCAUCAGGGCACUUCCUUGUGCUGUUGCCUGGGUACCUGUAGUCAUGUUCCAGCCCCACUCUUCUGAUCUAUAUGUACCAGGUACCCAUGAGAACAAGGCAGACUUACUGGUUGCAGCACCACGGAUAGCUCCAAACGAGCAACUUGCCCUGGUGAAGGCCAGAAGCGAAUGGAGGCUUUGUUAAGUCACUUCCUCCAGCCCCCAUUUCCUGAGGUCCAGUCCCUCAACCUAAAGAGAUGGUGGCUGUUAAAGAGCCCAGCCUCUUGGCCUUCAUACAAGCACCUUCUGUGGCCUCGUUUCUGGCAUGCUCCCUGCAACUUUCAUCAGGUGCGGUUACAUUGGAAGCGCUUGAUUCUUCCGAUAAGUCAAGAUCACGGAACAGCAUCUGUGCUGGCUCAGGCUCUGCAGGCUCCAGACCACCAGCCUUCGGUUCUGUGAGCACCAACCUUUGGCUCUGAAACGCCAGCAUCAGGAACGUGGUUGUUUCCUCCUCUUCUGAGGCCGAGGCCACGACAGAUUCUUGACUUGGAGCCUAGCCUGCAGCUGACUUAACUAUGAAUCUAUCCCAACAAUGUGGCCAUCUCUAGUUCUAAUCCUGCCAGGAUUCGCACUUCAGCUCCCUAUCUACAACCCAGCGAUGAGAGGUGACUCCCACCUCCAGGUGCCUCAUAAUGGCUGUGCGAAACCCGGCACAGUUUGGCGUCUAGCGCAGUGCUGUGGACGCUCGCCAGGCCCACUUUUGCUGCGGCAUCCUCCUUCCCCACUUGCAAAUCUGAGCCAAAUUCUGUGCAUGCUGUCUGCUUCCAUAAACCUUUACUGUGUGGCACCUGCAGCUGGAAAUGGCCCUGCCCCCAACGCCUGCAGGACUUUGAGACUAGGGCCCCAGGUCAUAGAAAACACAGUCCCCUCAUACAGCUGUAGGCACAUCUUUUUGCUUUGUUUUCACUUUAAAGCGCUUAUCGGGGGAAUGUCUUACCGAUACCAAUUUUAAUCCCCAAAUGUAAACUCUGCAUUGGCCUUCUGCCAGGCAAGGAACCCCCAGCCGUUGCAAUCAGUGCUGAAAAUGCACUGGCAUAGCAGAUGGUGGCUGUGUGCCAUUUCUCUUGGGGGUUGCUUCCUAUCUGAUGGCUACAGGCAAGCCAAACUUACAAAAGUGAUGGAAACUCCCUGCUUGGAUAUGAAGAUAGGUUACCUGAAGGAAGCUCAUGAGAGUCAAUUUUCCUGUCCUGACCUUCCCUCUGUGUUUAUCAGUGCCCCCCCCCAAAAGCCUCUCAAUUGUGGGUGGGGCUGCGGUCUUGACCAGUGUAGGGAUGAGGCAAGGUGGUUGCUGGGAGAGGAAGAAAUAGCAGAGAAUCAAGUUAGAACCCCAGCCAAUCCAAACUUCAUCCGAAGAUGGAGCAGCCCCCAGCCCAGCUGUCGACGGAUAAAACUCUUUGAGUUUUAUAAAUUCUUUGGUGCUAUAAGGAUACAUCAAAAUGAAUGUAGCACACCAAAAACAAACACCUGCAUAGCAAACCAAGUUACAUUACAGAUAUCACCCGUUGGAUGAAGAGAGCCAUUGAGAAGCUACCACAAAUCAAAGGUCUUGGAACUUCUUGGCACAUCCCAACAAGUCAGGGCUUUCAUUCAUCAUCGACCCGCUGCAAGUUUCUGAGAACGCCCAUCUAAGAUGAGAGGACACCAACAGUCAGCAUGGAUUUCUGAAAAAUAAGUCAUGUCAGACUAACCUGAUCUCGUUUUUUGACAGAAUUACAAGCCUGGUAGAUGAAGGGAACGCAGUGGAUGUAGCCUACCUUGAUUUCAGCAAGGCAUUUGACAAGGUGCCUCAUGAUAUUCUUGUAAAGAAGCUGGUAAAAUGCGGUCUUGACUAUGCUACCACUCAGUGGAUUUGUAACUGGCUGACUGACCGAACCCAAAGGGUGCUCAUCAAUGGUUCCUCUUCAUCCUGGAGAAGAGUGACUAGUGGGGUGCCACAGGGUUCUGUCUUGGGCCCUGUCUUAUUCAACAUCUUUAUCAACGACUUGGAUGAUGGACUCAAGAGCAUCCUGAUCAAAUUUGCAGAUGACACCAAAUUGGGAGGGGUGGCUAACACCCCAGAGGACAGGAUCACACUUCAAAACGACCUUGACAGAUUAGAGAACUGGGCCAAAACAAACAAGAUGAAUUUUAACAGGGAGAAAUGUAAAGUAUUGCACUUGGGCAAAAAAAUGAGAGGCACAAAUACAAGAUGGGGACACCUGGCUUGAGAGUAGUACAUGUGAAAAGGAUCUAGGAGUCUUGGUUGACCACAAACUUGACAUGAGCCAACAGUGUGACGCGGCAGCUAAAAAGCCAAUGCAAUUCUGGGCUGCAUCAAUAGGAGUAUAGCAUCUAGAUCAAGGGAAGUAAUAGUGCCACUGUAUUCUGCUCUGGUCAGACCUCACCUGGAGUACUGUGUCCAGUUCUGGGCACCACAGUUCAAGAAGGACAUUGACAAACUGGAACGUGUCCAGAGGAGGGCAACCAAAAUGGUCAAAGGCCUGGAAACGAUGCCUUAUGAGGAACGGCUAAGAGAGCUGGGCAUGUUUAGCCUGGAGAAGAGGAGGUUAAGGGGUGAUAUGAUAGCCAUGUUCAAAUAUAUAAAAGGAUGUCACAUAGAGGAGGGAGAAAGGUUGUUUUCUGCUGCUCCAGAGAAGCGGACACGGAGCAAUGGAUCCAAACUACAAGAAAGAAGAUUCCACCUAAACAUUAGGAAGAACUUCCUGACAGUAAGAGCUGUUCGACAGUGGAAUUUGCUGCCAAGGAGUGUGGUGGAGUCUCCUUCUUUGGAGGUCUUUAAGCAGAGGCUUGACAACCAUAUGUCAGGAGUGCUCUGAUGGUGUUCCUGCUUGGCAGGGGGUUGGACUCGAUGGCCCUUGUGGUCUCUUCCAACUCUAUGAUUCUAUGACAGUAAGCAUUUUGGGGAGUGGCACAGGAUGCUGCUGCAAGACAGAUGGUGCCAGUUGUUUAGAUGACUUCUUUGGUCCUAGGUACCAUGGAGGAUGCAAACCUUGAUGGCCAGCUUAGGUGGCAUACAGAAUAGAAUUGUAGAGUUGGAAGGGACCCUAAGGAUCAUUCGAUCCAACCCCCUGCAAUGCAGGGAUAUGCAGAUGUCCUAUACGGGAAUCAAACCUGCAACCUUGGUGUUACCAGCACCAUACUUUAACCAACAGAGCUAUCCAGGCUGGCAAUAUGUCUCUUUAGAGGUCUGCUGCCUGCUAACUCCACACUGAUUUCUUUGGCUACAAGUGACCACCUCUGGCCCUGCAGAGUGAAGAGAAUAAGCCCUGUUAUGUAAAGCUAAGCAUUCCUAUUUGGAAGAGCGGAGAAUUUUGUGCAAAAUCAACACGCCAGAGCUAAUCCAGCUACAGACACCACAUUGCCCUGCAGAAACACUGCUGGUGAAACCUAUUGCCUCGAUUACAUUGAAACCCAAAUAGAACUUGGGUAUUAAUCUUCAACCAGCAUCUGGAGCCUGUCUAGCUGCAUCUGAGCUACUGGCACAUACCGCAGCUUGGCUGAGAUCAUCACAUUUUCUUCCUUUGUUCUCUCCUUCCCUCCCCUAAUAUUUCUGGGCCAGGGAGAGUGCUUUUUGAGAAAACAGGCCGAAGUAUUGAAUAAGCUCUAACUCAAGUAGGAGCUUUCAGCAGCAUCAGGUGUGAAGCUUACAUGGAAAAUAUACUGUUCCCUGGAGAAGUUUUUACCAAGCAUCUUUAUCUUGCUAGUGGAUAAGGCAUAAAAAGCUACACUUUCCCUAAAGUACUUUUAGAGUGAUAGAUUGGAGGGCCUCAUUGGUAGGGGGAGAAGUAAGGCCCUUACUGGACUGUAAUGGCUUCCAGCCCUUUUGAGUAGAGAGAGGGAGAUAUAUAACUUUAGUGUGUAGCAGACAGAUUGUCUGCUAAGAGAAACAAAUGGCUUUAGCAGACAGAAAUAAUAGUAAGACACUAAGUACAGGCCCUAAAUUUUCUCUGCCUGACUUGCCCCCCCCCCCAUUUUGAUUCUUUAAAUAAAUCCUCUAACUUUUCUAUUCAUAAUUAAGUUGUAAGAAUCUUCUUUGGGUAGAUCUUUUUCCUUGGGCAAGAAAAAUCAGCUAAGCACAGAAAAUCAACACCAAACUGAACUUCCGCUUACUUUGAUCUGAGUUCUAUUAACAUGUUUUAGUCUCAAAUGCUGUAGUUUUAUGACUGCGGAUCAAGAUGGGUUUUAACUAUGCAGCUACACACACACACACACACACACACAGUGUUCCCUGUUUAUUAUUUAUAGAGAAGAUUACUUCAAUGCAGGAUUUCGCUUCCCCGCCCUUCUGUUCUCAUUGUUUGUUGUUUUCGUUUGUUGCUUUUAUGGUGCAAAUUGUCUCUCUGGUUUUUACACCCGCCACUUAGGGCCAGGUUGGUUGAAGAGAAGGAAAGUAAUAGUAUACACAUAAGUAAAUCCCCCAUUGUAGAUUGGAAUUGUGUCCCCCAAGUUAAUUUCAUUUCACACUGUUUAAAUGCGGCUGGCUAUUUAAAUGAAUAUUGGUUAAUUUCGGAAGGGGGAACCUUUGGGUUUGGGUGGGAUAUGGACUCUCAAGUUCAAAUCUUCUUAACAGUGAAGCAUACUGAGUGUCCUUGUAAGUUCCUUCCUUCUAUCCUGAACAAACCCACAAACAAACUUAAGAACGAUGGUUUCCUCAACCAUUCCCUCUUUUUGAACUAUCCAUUAUUAUUAUUUAAAAAAAUGAUAUUACAAAUGGAAGGAAAAUUUAAUACUUGCAUCUGUGUCCCUAAAGUUUGAUGCUUUGCAUGUCAGAACUGUGCUUUUGCUUAGCACAGAAACCAAUUUUUUUUCAAUGGACUUUCUUCUUGGCAUUUUUGUGUGUGUGUAAUCAAACCUUUAUCACCAGACCCUUUUGAAGCAAUAGUGUGUGUUUAACCAUGCAGAUCCCCAAAGGGCAUGGGAAAAUACAUAGGUGAUAGGAUAUAUGGGUCAGGAAGUGGGUUUUGGGGGGCAGGGAGACACAGCUAAGAGCAUACUACCAUAGAGACAUAAGGAGUAGUAAGCAUUGCUUGGAAGGAAGCAAAGCAUUUCUUUGUGUCCAUGGAAAGACUUUAAAUCUGAAUGCAUACUGUUCUGUUCUUUCACGUGCUGAGAAACAGCUAAUGUUAAAGGUUUAUGAUGAAGUUUAAUAAAAAAAGAGAACUUGAGGCUGCACAUUUUCAACUUUUUUAUCUUUUUGCUUGGAUAUAGCCAAAGAAGAAUGUCCCAAUCAUAAGCAGGAUGAAAUCAAAAUCAAAUGAGUUAAUUGUGACAUGUUCUAGGCUGUAUAACACUGUGAUUAGCAGCUCACAAAUGCUGGAUGGACUGUCCACACAUUCCUUGUAUUUUUGAUGAGAACUUUUUGGAUUUCUUUUUGGACCCCAGUUGAUAAGCUUUUCUCUUUGCUGAGAAUGAAUAACAUUAAAUGAAGUAAGUGUGACUUCUGAAGGGAAAUGGGAAUAUUUUUAUGUGCUGGUUAUUUUGGGAAGAAGGGACUUGCAGCAAUAGUGAGAAACCAUAUUCCAAAUGCCAACCCAUCAUAUGCCAGAAACCAUCAGCCUUUUAAGACCACCAACCUGACUGGGAUGUUCUCUAGAGAUACCUCUUUGGCAGAUCGCAUUUCUGAGGUCUCGCCACGUGUAAUUAGAGCAGCUUUGGAAUGCUGUGAACUGUCAUAUAAAUUGCCUUCCAAAGUCCCUUAACUCUGCCUUAAAAUUGAUCUAAUGGUUUUCUCCUUUUGGGUACUGGCACAUUUUAUCUCAAGACAAUACAGAGUUUAGUAUCACUCUACUUAAUCAUUUAGUUUUGUCUCAUGGAUUGUUUAGAUCAUUUAGCUCAUCAGAAAAGCUGUGUAUUUUUCACAGUCAUUGGGGCAGGGGACUGUAAGGAACAGGGCAGAGGAAGUGCAAGCAGAUCUUCACUUUGAUGUUUAGCGAAGCCAAAUCAGAAUUCUAAAUUGGCAGUUAAUAAUAAUAAUAAUAAUAUUUUUUUAUUAUUUAUACCCCACACAUCUGGCUGGGUUUCCCCAGCCACUCUGGGUGGCUUACAGCAUAUAUGAUACAUAAUAAAACAUCAGAGAUAAAAAAACUUCCCGAUACAGGGCUGCCUUCAGAUGUCUUCUAAAAGUUACGUAGUUCUUUAUCUCCUUGACAUCUGAAGGCAGGGUAUCCCACAAGGAGGGCACUACUACUGAAAAAGGCCUUCUGCCAGUUCCAUCCCAUGUGUCUUUGGGUGACCCAGGUGGUUUACCUGGGAUCACUUUAUGCCUCAACUCUAGACUAAAUAUGCACAUGCAGAUGACCUUCACAGAUUUUGAAAUGGCCACCACUGAUUUUUGUACUCAAAGCUUAUGUUUUUCCCAAUGGCAUUCACACAUGAUUGGCUGCUGGUAAUCAGCUGCAGAUGAUUCAAGGGAUGUAAGUCCAAGAAUGAACCACUUCAAAAGCUCACCAGUUUUCACCAGAACCUACUUCACACUCAAUAUGUGUAGGAACCAUCUUUCUGCAGUUUAUUUGAAAUUCUGCAAUGGAAUGGCAUUGGAAUGGUUGCGGCUUCUGCUUGUUUAGUCGUGAGGUUAAAAGCACUGGGGAGUGGAGAACCAUGUACCCCGCCUUCAGCUCUGCGGAGAAAAGCCAGGAUAUAUAUAUAUUGCCAGGAUAUACAUCUAUAUAUGUGUGUGUAAUAAAUAAAUGAAUUUACCAAAAAAGGAAAUUGGCAAUAGAAGUGGAAAAUGAAGAAUAGCAGCCAGUGAAUAAUGUUGUGCUGGAGAUAGAUGAAACACAAGGAAUUAGCCCAAAUAGAUGAAAAGUACCAGCCCACCAAAAAAAUAAAAUAAAAAAUUACCAGCUCCGCUUCUCUCACACAAAGGUUAAUCAAUUUGUGGUCAGGAAGAAAGAAAAAGAACUAUUUUAUAAAAAUGUUCUGCUUGGUUGCCUGAAUACAAUUCUUACUCACCACAAACGAGUGGCUGUUUACAAGAUUGCUGAAAUGUAAUGAUUUAAAAGCCAGGUAGAACUCGGGGCAGAUAGACACCGUAGUGGAAGAAGGACCUGGCAGCCGUUUGAAACGGGGAAAGUCACAGUAAGAUCAGGUUGCUACUAAUAAUGAGCUUCAUGUCCUCUUCCUCCGAUUCUUUAUGAUAAUAUUCUGGCAGCUAUCCCGCGGGUCCAUUAAUUUUUCAAGACAAGAGAUCACAGACGAACAGUUCUGUUUUGGAUUCUUAAAAGUUGUUGCAUUGCAGUGCUGCAGUUGGAAUAUAUAUGUGUGUGUGAGUGUGUGUGUAUGUGUGUAUAUAUAUAUAUAUAUAUGUAUGUAUGUUGCACGUGUGUUUAAUUAGAACGAAAUGUCUCUUGAGCGUCUGGGUUGUUGCCAGUUUGGGUAGCUGUCAGUGGAGCCUGCUUUCCAGCUGUGCCGAGUCUGAGUCCAAAAUUUGGUCAGUUUGUUAGCAUUUGGAAUACUGCAACUUCCAUCGCCUGCUUUCCCGCCCGCCCGCCUCUCCAAUUAAUAUUUGCAAUCUAAACAAAGCGAUGUUUAAAACUGAAAAUAGUGGCGUGUUGUGAAAUUCUGCCAAAUCAAAACAAGGAAAUAACGGCAGCGUUUGCCGCUGUUUGCUGUCGUUUAUUUACUGGGAUGCUUUGGAUACAGUUAAAAGCAAGUUAAGUUGCGUCUAAACCCUGAAUGAGCGAAGUGUUAAAAGAGGAGUAGCUGACUUUUCUGAACUGUUGUAGCUGACAGUCCUAUGCACGUCGACACAGAAGGUUGCCCCACUGAGCCCAGUGGGGACUUAAUCCUUGAGAAAUAUGUGUAGGAUUGCAGCUAUAGGGUGUUAGUUAAUGGCCCUGUUUUCUCAAGGCCUCAGGUUCUUCCUUUCCAGUUUUGUGGUGUUUCUAUUCUAUGAAGCUUUAAUUGGUGUUUUCUACUUAUAGCAAAGUAGCUGCUUAAGAGGUCAUUUUGAACUGGAAGAUGGCUGGUCUCCGUGUUUGGCCAGAAACUAUGAAUAAAACCCCCAACACACCUCAGGCUUCUACCUCGGUUGGCCUGCUGUUGUGUGGUCAUGACUCAGUUGAGGUCAAGGCAGGGACAGACCAUAGGAGGGGACUAAUUCUUGCUCACCACAGCCUUUCAGGAAUAGAAGCACUAUAUAAAAUAAUGGCACCGUUUAUAGCUUGGUGUGUGUGUAUGAUUUAUUUUUUUUAAUGCACAUGUGUACGUGGAAGUAGAUGCAUACAAUGCUGCUUUAAAAAACAAGACUUAUUUCGGAGGGGUCUUUGUGUUUAAAAGAGGAAAGCGUUUGCAUAAUGAGAGCCUGGGCUGCCAAGUUUAAAUGCCACCCUGUUUUAGCCACCUUCCAAACACUGCCGGUUCUCCUGGCAUGAGAAGCCAGUUCAUUCUAAGUUGACCGCAGCCAGAGUCUUCAAGGGAAGUUACCCACAAUACAGUGCCCCCCUCCAUGGUUGCAGAAAUUGCCGUGUGUGUGUGUUGGGUAUGUGUAUGCAUCGAUUUGUAAGGUUCUCCAGACCAUCAGGCCGCUGCUGGCAAGGUGGUUUUCCAUGCUUGGUGCACCGCUGUAUGAAGCAGCUGGUGAGCUGCUUCCAUAGAGGGGCUCCUGUGACUGAAGCAACCCACAGUGAUCUUAAAUGUCAAAGAGGAACUAGGGUUGAAAAAGACUACAUAGUGGCAGGCCCAGUCUUUCAUUGAAAUGCCACAAAGUACCCCGCUUUGGGUGGCAGGUCCUAGGGUGGGUGACUCUUAAUUUCCUUCCAUUUGUGGUCUUCAAAAGCAAAGUUCACCCCACCCCCCAAAGAAAACCAAAGCUCCCCAGUCUAUGGUCUUGAAUUUGGACUUAAGGUGCAGAAGUAUUUUAAGGCCCCAGCCCUACCCUGGGACUCAGUCUAUGACCUCCUGAAUGCAAAGCAUGAGUUCCACCAAAGAGCUUUGGCCCUUCGCAACCUUUCUACGGCACUCCUCCCAUCUGACGGGCAGCUUCAGAGCUCAACUUCCUAGCACAGGAAGGAGGAGCCAUGCCACUGCAACUCUCAUUCCACCAUGGUCAUGUCAGAAGCGGCAUUUCCUUUGAUAAAAUGCAAGAUGGCCUGCCCUAGUUUUGGGACUUGCAGGGCAGUUCUGCUGUCUAGUGUUGGCCCUUAAGCAAUUGUAUUAUUAUUAUUAUUAUUAUUAUUAUUAUUAUUAUUAUUUUCAGGGGAAAACAGCUAAGGAGGAGAAGGAGAUGCGGACAUUGCAGCUGAGGAGCCUCCAGUACUUGGAACGCUAUAUCUAUCUCAUCUUGUUCAAUGCAUACCUGCAUUUGGGGAAAAAGGACUCCUGGCAGAGGCCUUUCAGUGUUUGGAUGCGUGAGGUAAGCACUUUUCCAACACCAUUCACUUCUGGCUGUGCCAAACAAUGCCCUGAAAAAGCCCAGAUAUUAACGUGGAAGGAAGCACGCCAACAUGUAUGCUUUUGUCUGGUGAGCAGCUUGCCAUUCAAACAAUUGCAAAGUCAUUAUUGUCAUCAUACUGCCAUUUGCCUGCGAUGCGACAUUGGUCAUCUGUACUGUUAUAGACAAACCACUGAGUUGCUAACUCCAAAUGCUAAGCACUAACACUGGCCAUUUAACAGAUGUUGAGAUUUGUAAAGGUUGCUGAUUUGUUUUAUUGCUGGGUGUUUUCCCAGCCCCUGCUGCUUAAUUUUCAUCCUUAUAAAAAUAAAUUGCAGCCAUGCUUUUCAGUAUGUAAAAAAAAUGACCGCCGGAGAGAGUUAGAUUCUAACAAAAUCAUAAGCUACAUGAAAGUGCUGUGGAAGCUUUAGGUAUUGUUUCUGUUGCAUAUCCCACGCACGGUUGUUUAAGUCCAAAGUGUUAGCCACGCAGCGCAAUAUCUUUGCUCAGCUGGAUUGACUGCAGUGAUCUUGACCGCUGCGGGAUUGGGAUGAUGAGACGGUUAUUAGGCUGUCGGGAGACCCAUUACCUUAAAUGUCUACGUUGUAUGUCUGUUCAGUAAUGGUGCAGUGGAUGGUGACCUAUAUGGGAACAGCAUUUUAGGGUCUUUGGGUUUUGUUUCCCAAGCCCACAUUUCUGCCCUCUCAGUUUCACCAGUUGCUCAUAGCUGCUGCUGGCGGUUCACCCAGCUGUCGCAGAGAGCUUUCUCAGCCUUCCACCCCACCCAUCAUCACACCAUGCCCUGGAAAAAAAUAAAAGCACAGCAAACACAGCCUGCUGCCGUUGCAUUCCUUCUGGAUUGAUUCCCAUGGAAAACAGCUGUUUUUAUAUUUUAUUAUUAUUUUUGGUUCAUUGUCCUCGGAGUAUCUUUUUAUGUAGUAAGCAUAUUUGGCAGAGAGCAAGUCUCAUCUGAGCGGCUUCAGUUGACCAGGAACCGUCAAAAUGCUCUGGCGGCAGGCUCACAGCUUCAGCAGGACCUAGCUCUUGGUCGGCCAGUAGCUCUGUGAGAGCACCACUUUGAGGGGAGAGUUGGGGGGAGUUGCUGAAGGAACCUACAGCCCCAUCUUCCUCUCUCCCUGGAGUCCACAUGCUUUGGGCCCCUCGUGGGAGCAGCCGCAGUUCUGCUCUUGGCAGCUCCAGCUAAAAGGAUGGAGGCAAGCUAUUCAUGGAUGCAUAAACAGGGUUCUUGACUUCAGUAGGUAGGGAUGCACACCUGGCACCUGUUUCCAUAGAUCAGGGUGUGUGCUAUCCAGACCUGUCCCAACAGAAACCAAGAGGCAGCUCCAUCCAUUACUUAGGUUAUUAUUUACAUGUCAUUAGUUACCUACUAACCUAGUCUUCGAGUCUUCAAGACCAGUGUUCUUCAACCUCAAAUGUUGUUGUCCUGCAGCUCCCAUCAUCCCUGACCAUUGACUAAGCUGGGUGGAGAUGAUGGGAGUUGUGGUCAGACAACAUCGCAACACAAAUUUUAAAAAUGCGUUAAGAAUCAGAUUAAAAAACUUCACCACAAAAAAUAUACCAUACUUUUCUGUGUAUAAGACGCCCCCAUGUAUAAGAUGGCCCCUAUUUUGGGGGACUCAAAUUUAAGAAAAUGAGGGGAGAUGGCACAGAGUUGUUCAGCUUUUUUGCAGAGGAUUGCCCAGAGCUUUUUUUGGGGUGGGGGGUUGCCGAAAAUCGCCCACUCGCACGUGUCGCAAAAUCUGCCUCCUGUCUGUACCAUCACCGGCAGAAGCUGCCAAUCUCCCGCCCAGCUGCCGCAGCGUCAAACAAUCAACACCUGCCAUUGAUGCAGCAACCAAUAACACACACAAUAGCUGCUGACAGCUGUGGCAGCAACCUAUCAAACGUCCACCCUAUGCACUAUCCAUGUAUAAGAUGCCCCCACUUUUUAGCAUGAUUUUUGAGGGGGGGGGACAUAGUCUUAUACACGGAAAAGUACGGUAAUACAUGAAAAAGGGAUACUGCAAUCCUAUAGUGGGGUGGCGGGGAAUGCUAAAGUGUUGUAAUGCCAGGAAAGGAAGGUGCAGAAAGCAGGGGAAGAUAAGUUAAUCAGCGGAUCAAACAGUUUAGCUUCACCAAGCACUGCAUGGAAAAUAGAAGCCAAAUAUAUUGCCCUACACGAUGACAGGUAUGCCUUUCUGUUCCCAGUGUGUCACUUUGGAAUGUUGUCAAGGCAGAGGAGUAAGUGGAAGGGAGGCAUUUUAAAAGCAGCUAUAUGUCCUGGUCAAUAUGGAUGUUUCAAUCAGUGUACUGACACAGAAAGCACCCAGUUUUUAAAUCACCCGCAGAAAUGCUUCAUCCGAGCUUUCCCCAACCCUCCAGUUAUUUAGAUGCUGUGCCUCUGCCAUGUGUGACCCAAAUGAAAUAACAUAGCUAAGGGCCAGUUCACAUACUAAGCCGCCUCAUCUAAAUUCCCCACCCUAACCAGCCAACUUUGCACGGCAUGCAGUGGAGGAGGAGUGGGGGGGACAUUCCUUUUUCUCCAGUUCGACUGAUUCCACCGGUAAAUACAAAUGAGCAGGUAUUAACAAACAGCUUAGUGAGGGCUGCAUGCAACUGCUUGUCUGUAUCAUCAUGGUGAGGAGAACAUUAUCACAUGCUCAUACCUCAUUAGAAUCUGGGAAGCAGUAAAAUUCUGGGUUUCCCCACUGAUACUUAAGUGUUCACUGGAAAGGGGAACUGGUAGCCUCAUGCUUUUGGGGGGGGCAGCUUUCCAAAACAAAAUGGACUGGGGAUUUUCUAGGGAGGACAGAGUACAGAUAAAGUAGCCUAGUAUUUGAGUGCUGGAGGGAGGCGGGAUUAGAUUAGAUAGUCCUGUGACUAUCAGGACAGCUGGCAACCCGGAAGAAUUUCCUCUCUGCAGGUUGAAGAAUGCAUUAAAUAUUUGAGGAGCUGGACAAAAAGGGAGUUCUAAAUAUCAGACGCCAUCCAGAAUAGCAGCAAAAUGGUUGCUCUUAAGUUGUAUUGCGGCAGAGGGUGGAAUUCUGCAUUGCUGCUUGCCAAGUGAAUGAUUCCCCUUCUUUCCCUCCUUUUGCUGUUCUGGGCUGCUCCUGACACCACAGGGUCAAUGGUGGGGGCCCCACAAGGGAGGGAUGGAAAGCCCCAAUGCACAGGUGGAACUCCUUGCACAGGAUGAGGCAUGUUAGGAGAAACCUUCCCAGAAUCUCCAUAGUGCUGCUGCCUUAGAGUGAGUCAUUCAGACAGGAGACUAAGGGGCCUCAUUGACCUUUUUGUUAUGUUUAAAGCCACCCAUUUUGUGCUUAAAUAGACAAAUUUGGGGUUGGAAGAAGCCACGCAAAUACAUCUAGGCAUUUUGCCCUCUUUGUCUCAUGCUGUUACCCUGUCAUGUUCUCCCCUCCAAAUAUUGGUCUCGUUUAGUGCUUCCUCCUUGACUGCACUCCCAGUUCCGUUCUCCGUUGCUCUGUGUGUGUUUGUGUUGUGUGUUUGUGCCUCCCACAUGGUUGUCCUUUCCUGGUUUAUCCAGAGCUCCCACAAAUACUAUUAUGUUUUUUCUCCUGCCAGUCUUUGAGAGGCACCUCAGUUUCACACAUCCAAGAUCUAAUUUUGUCCUGGAGAGAAAGAAUUGUGAUUUGUCCGUAGAUGAACUCCCUGCUAUUUCUCUGUUUUGCUCGCCCACUCUUUCACUCAAGCAGCUUAGAGAAGAUGGAAUAUCGUUGUGUUAACCUGUCAGGGCUAACCUGCUACACUUAGCAGCUAAAGAAGAUAUGUGUGUUUUGAGUGAUUCUUGUUCCUUCGUCUCUCUCUCUCUCUCUCUCUCUCUCUCUCUCCUCCUCCUCCAGGUUGCUGGUUUUCUUGCAAGUGUGUUCUGCAACAUCUCAUUGAUGAAAUUAGAGCGUAUUAGUGGUGGAUUUAUACUGGACCGUCCACACCUCAUUCCGCUUUCUUAGUUGUUCUGCGAUGCUUCCUUGGUGUUACUGGAGGGGCAGUCUUGUGCAGCAAAUUUGGAACAAAAAAUAAACCGAAGCGUUCAUGGUGUUAUGGUGUCAGGAAGUUAUGAGGACAUACACUGAUUGGAAAUGAAACGGUACGUCCGCUCCAAAACUUUGGCAGGCACAAACAGUGUAAAAAGUGGGAUCACAUAUAACCUCUGCAAUAUCCUCCUGAGCACAAAUCAUCAUGAAUGCAGAAUAAGAAGGAUGUUUGGAGGGACUCCAAAUCAUAGGCAUCUUCAGAAGUCCCUUCCUAAACAUCAACAAGAGCAACAAAGGCUCAUACACUUCAGAAAUUAGGGUGGGUUAAUUUCCUGGACAUCGUCUGGAACUCUGAAAAAAAACCAGUCUGUAGGAUUGGACCCCCUAUUCCUGGCAUGCAGCAAUGAUGCCCUCUAGGAACAAACUUUCUCAACCUUGGCUCACCAGAUGUUGUUGGACUACAAUUCCCAUCAUCCCUGACCGCUUGUCCUGCUAGCUAGGAAUGAUGGGAGUCGUAAUCCAACAACAUCUGGGGACCUGAGGUUGAGAAAGGCUGCUCUAGAAGCUUUUAAUCCUUACUUUAAUAUGUGCUGCAAAUGGGACCCUCCUUGCCUUGUGUCAUGCUGUGAAAAAGCCUUGUCAGUUUCUCCUGCUUCGAAUAGCAGGUCAAAUGAAUAUUGUCCACUUGCAGCAUGGAGGGGGGGCAGGGAUGGAAAGAAUGGGGGAAGGGGAGUGAAAUCUGCACUGCUUCUUUCCUAGCACAGAAGUGUGCAUCUACCUCUACACUUCUCCAAAAUAAUACAGCUUCAUUGUCACUUGCUGAGAAACUCUCAAAAAGGGGAGAAAUAGGUGCAUUUGACUUUUUGGCAUUUGCCAUUUCAGUUAAGAGCCUGUGUACCAUAUCCCAGGACUAGAUCUCAGUCUGCUUUCCUUCCCCAUAUUUUCUCCUCCUUGCCCCCCUUUUAAUCUUCUACCUCUUGAUCACCCUGCCUCUUCCCUGCCACUUCCUACCAAACUUUCAACCAUGUCCCACUUUUUGUUUGUGGUGCAUGGGAAGGGGGCGGGGCAGAAGACACAGAGGAAAAGGCAGUUUUGCCCUUGUUGUAAGAAUGUAUGUAUGUAUGUACCGGCAUGUCAUGGCUCCCUAUUGUAUCCAGCUCUGCUCUUUCCACAAGUGAGGUUUCGUAGUGUCUGUGGCUUGGCGAAUUAAUCUCCAUGCAGUUUGGUCAGAUGGACAUAAACAGAAGGGAAUGGAAUUCAUGUGCAUUCUUCACAGAUUACAGCUGAUUCAUCAGCUCUCGCCACUUCGAUGCGCUAUUUUGCCCUUCUCUCUCCCCACCCCCACUUUGCUGAAGAGAGCUUAGUGACAGCAAGAGGGGAAUGUUGUUGCUGGAUAAACCUGGGGUGCUGGUGAGGAUUGCAAGAGGAGACGUUAAACUCUCUCCCAGACUCCCCUACCUACAGUAAUGCCUGCAUUUUUUUGGCAGCUUGUGCGAACACAUCUUUCAAGUUUUCCUAGGCUGCAUCCCUGUACACAGGGGGACUGGCUUUUGAAUUAAUACGUACAGGAUUGCACUGUGAAGAGUACUGUUUUCUUGACAGGUUUUGUAAUCUAUUUUACUUCUUUUUGCAUGGGACAGUUGGGCACAACAGAGCGUUUCUCUGGUACAGUAAUAGAGAACAAGCAAUAUCCAUUAACACUCCCCAGAUUCCACAUGUAUCUGAAAAACUCAUGCAUGUUUAAAGCAUGGCAUACAGACUUCCAUCUCAAGAGGAUGUAAUCUUGCCAUUUGUCAUAGAAGUAGGUUUCCACCUAGGGGAAUAUUUCUCCUCCUCUGUGUCUGCUUGCUGAUUAGGUAAUGUAUCCUUGCAGGUACAUCGUUCUACUUCAAACAAGCCACGCUUCUUCCUUACCCACAAAACAAGUCCAUUGCAAAGAAAGUUGACCCCCUUCUCAUGCCCACUCUUCUGGGAAUUAUUUUGGUGUGAGGUGGCUUGGUGGUUCUGUACAUCUCCAGAGAAGCAGAAUAGGAAGCCGUGUCACUAUAUUCAAAGCUGGGCUGCGUUGCUCUUCCCAGGGGAUGAGGUCAUGUUGAGGAAGUGAGGGAGAUCAACUGCAAUCCAUUGCAGUGUUUGCCACCAAGGCACAGAGUCCCCCUGUUUUCAUUCAUAAGGUAUCAAAGCUGUCCCUUGAAAAGCAUCCUCCUUCGCCCUAUUAUUCCCAGGCACAAAAGGGUUUUCGAGGCCUUUCAUUUCAUUGGACCUUUGGCCUUCCCUCUCUCAUUUUUUUUAUCAGCCCUCUGCCUGUGCUGUGGUUGCCCCAGCACUGCAACUUGAAAGGCUUUGUAGAGGCAGCCAGCAAUGUUGAUUGAGCCAGGGUGGUCCCCUCAUCCAUCUCUCGCCCUCUCUCCGUUUGGAAAUGAGAGCUUUUUGUGUGCAUGAGAAUGGGAGAGGCCUGGAGAACUGUUGGCCGAUAGAGCACCAUCUCUCUCUUUUGCUCCCGCAAAAAGGAACCUUCCAAGGCAUCCCUCUGCAACAAAUUAACCCUCCAAUUAGCCUCUUUGGUAAGAGACGCAAACGACAGCUCCACGUUUUACGUGACAGGCAUGAUUAUGCAGGUGUGCUGAUACAGCACCAAUGUUUUCUGAAACCAGUAUGGAGAAUGUGGGUGACAUCUCCCAUGUUUGCAGAUACCCAUAAACAUGCACCUGGAAAUCAGUUAGAAACCAUGAUCAGGCAGCAGUUCUCAAACGUUUUCCCCUCCACCCCAACCACUCUAAAAUAGUUGGGGGUCUUCCCUUGUUUGCCUUCUGUGCCAGCAUUGUGAUCAAACCAUCAGCAUGUUAUGAAAAUCAUGGAUGCCCUAAGCCAGGCCACUAAGAAGAGCCCUAUAUGAGUGGAGGUUGUGGAGCAGAAGGGGUCUGUGGAUCACAGCUGAGAACCUCCAAGCGAUUUCAGAAGGUGUACAUAUGCUUGCCAGUUUAGGAUUACACCUUGCAUCAGAUGAAGUGGUCUCUGCUCUACAAAGGCUUGUGCCGUAAUCAUUUGUUAAGCCUUUUCAGGUGCCAGGAGGCUUGUUAAAAGAAUAAUUCUGGAACUCUAAAUCUGCCCGCGUAUGGAGAAAGAUACAAAUUUCUUAUUGGAAAAGCCGGCGUGUCUCCUGUCUCUUCGACCAUGUUUUAAAACUCAAGCGAGGCAAAGUCAAAAUGAAAAAGAGGGAUUCCAGUUACUGUUACCAAGUCUUCUGCUUGGCAGUUCCUAGGCCAAAUCUGGCCUGUACGCCAGUUUCCAAGAAGUAAAAGAAGGGUGUGUGGAAGGAGCAGCAGCGGCUGCAGCCUUGUUAAAAAGAAACUAAGAAGCUGCUUUAGACUUUGCCGGAUUAUUAGUGCACCUAGUCCAAUAUUGUCUUCUCUUAAUAGGUAGUGGGGUCUUUCCCAUCGCCACCUGCCUCAGAUCAUUGUCACUGGAGAUGCCAGGAAUUGAACCAAAUACAUUUUGCAUACAAAGCAUGUACUCCCCGCCCCCAACUCCUUUUGGAGAAAGGGCAGGUGCAGAAGAUGGAGUAGGAGGUCUGAUUUUUUAAAAAAGUAGCUGAGGCUUGAUUUGGUAAUGCUGCGGUUGCAGAAUGCAACCUUCCAUUGAAUUUCGAAUGUUGUAUUGCUUGGAAUAUAGGCCACCCUCUGAAAUGAGAUCACAGCUUCUCUAUCCUAGAAGAGUGUGGUUAUAGGCCACACUCAGGUUCUUUUACAAGCCAGAUUUUUGGGGAGGUCGGGGAGAGGAGUGUAGCCAGUGUUCAGACCAAUAUGUCAUUCACUGAAUAGUCCCCAAAAAGCCACCUCCUACUUCAAAAGACAGGGUGUUUGCAUGUUUCGAAACACUCCUUAGCACGGACAACUGCACUGCAAAUGUAGCUCCAGUGGUAAAAAAUAAAAUAAAAAAAUGAGUGGAAUUGCACAACAAAAGUGCCAUGAUUCAAAAUAUCCGUUCAGUGACAGGAGAAGGUGAAAACUCUGCAGACAGAGGAAAGCGGUGUGGGUGUCAGAAUGGGCUCAUUUUAUCGGUGUCCUUGAGACGAGCCUCUCUCCCUCUCCUGUUUGUGUCAGCUCUAAGUGGGGAGUCGCUGACUGGUGUGUGAUGGGAAAGCCUCGGCUCCUCUCCGUCUCAAUUAGCUUUGCUAAUUCAUAUUGGCAUGUUUGAUCUCUUUGGUGAGAGAUGAAAGGGGCAUCUGCCAAAUGCGGUUACAAUCAGAGCCCCGGCCAUUCUUGGUUGAAGGGACUUGCUGGAAAACGACAUUCACCCCGCAUGCAUGUCUGGGACGGGGGGCGGGGAGGAAGCGCUGGAGGGGAAAUGACCGGGGGGGGGGGGAACAUUACCGGUGUCCCAUCGAUGUACAGCAUGAAGCAGAGAGGGAGAGAAGGAAGGAAUAUUAUCUGCACGAGCUCACUUUGUGCUUGGUUAGAAAGCAGAAUGGAGCUGGAAUGUGCUCUGUUGCUGAACUGAGAUAAGUCAAAGAUGGUGGCCCUUGUUUAUUUCAUUCCCCUAGGGAAGAAGGCUCAGCUUCACUCUUUACUCCUGCCUUGAGCAAGUUUCCUUGAAUCAGGAAGGCUCCAUCACUCCAUCUUGUAGAGCCAAAUACCAUCCAAGGGAGUUUGUUGCACCAGGAAACUGAUCGAAUAAUGUUUAGACUUCUAGGAAUACUGAGAACAAUGAUAAGCACUGGGAGUUCCAAGCCCUGCUUGGCGCCUCCUGAUCCAUCAGUAACUCACUACAUGGUCCAGCUUGAGGCCUAGGAAAGGUGACUUUUUUAAAAAAGAAACAAAUAUUUUGACUUACAAAAUGCAAUUCCUAAUUUGUUUGUUUUUUUAAGCCUUUGCCGAUCAUUUCAAACAUCAGUCACUAGAUGUUUGCAGGAGUUAAAUUUGUAAAAACUGCAGUUUCUUCCGUAAAAUUAAGAGCACCCACAUGAAGAAACCUACAGACUGCUAAAUUAAGAACUUCUCAACAAUUAAAUCAAAAGAUAAGUUAAACUGAUUUCUUUUUUUAGAAAAAAAAUUGUUUGUUCUAAUUAAUACAGAGGGUUUUAUAAAAAAAUAAUUCUAUUAAAAAUUAAUAAUGUAUGCACAUUACAUAACAAAAAAAUCCAGAAGAAAUGAAUACACAUAGAGCAAAUUUAUGUAAGUGUUCCCUAUAAAAUACAUACGUUGUCCUGCUUCUAAAGAAAUUGAUUAAAAAAGAUGUUUCUAUAUGUGUUUCAUCACAAUGUUUAUCUAAUAGUAGUCAGGCUGAAAAAUAGUUUUUCUAUAAAUUUGUUAUACAAUGAAAGAAUGACAAACCGUCUCCAAACAUCUCUCCACAGAGAGGUAUGAGUCAAAGGAGAAGCCCAAUCAUGUUCUUUGUUAGCCGCAAAUUUUAUAAAGCAAAGCCAGUUCUCAUGAAAUACACCUUUCUUUCUAGGACCACGGCCUCUUUGUUAUUUGCUUGGCCAAUUAUCACUAGACACAGGGGUUAACAUGAGGUUAUGAGUCAAUCUUAGUGGGCCAGACAGUUAAAAGUUUUUUCACCACAUUACCUUAACAGGAAGGCCCUCCUGAAGGAAGGAAGAGCUUCUGGCUAUGAGCAAAUGGUCCCAAAUAGAUGGACCAAAAGUUAUUUAAGCCACAUUUGAUUUGAUAAUGCUUAGAAAUUUCUGCUAACCUCAGCAGCAAACAUGUUGACGUCACCAAAAGCAGCCUUUGCCAAGCUGCAACCCUCCAGAUACUUUCAGCUACAGUUCCCAUCGGGGCCAGCUGUGGCAUGGCUGCACUGCCUGGGGCUGAUGGGAGUUGUAGUUCAAAACAUCUGCACAGCACCUGGCUGGCAAAGGGUGCUCUAAAGAACGUCAGCGGCCAUGCAUGCAUUGUUUGACUCUAGGCCUUGUCCUUCUUUCGACAUUCCUAUUCCCCAUUUUGACUAAGGUUGCAUUAACAUGAGGAAUGUAUUUCCAAGACUCCAUCCUGUAUCCAGGUCUCGUAUCUAAUCUCUUACGUUUCGAAAGCAAACAGGCUUGCAAAUGGGAAAGGGAAACCCAAAUGGAGCAAGAUUUGUAGCCUUAGAUGAACUAUUCUAAUAGGUAAGCAUGGGGCACUGUGGUCUAAACCACAGAACCUAGGGUUUGCCGAUCAGAAGGUCAGCAGUUCGAAUCCCCGCGACGGGGUGAGCUCCCGUUGCUCGGUCCCUGCUCCUGCCAACCUAGCAGUUCGAAAGCACGUCAAAGUACAAGUGGAUAAAUAGGUACCACUCCUGUGGGAAGGUAAACGGCAUUUCUGUGCGCUGCUCUGUUUCGCCAGAAGUGGCUUAGUCAUGCUGGCCACAUGACCUGGAAGCUGUACGCUGACUCCCUCGGCCAAUAAAGCGAGAUGAGCGCCGCAACCCCAGAGUCGUCUGCGACUGGACCUAAUGGUCAGGGGUCCCUUUACCUUUACCAAGCAUGGAUAAUAGUGAAAAUAGAUUCUGCGGUGAAUCCCAGUCUAUUGGUUAUCUGAAAGGUGCAGUAUAAUUUGCUAAUUCUUAGGGAGGAAAAUAAUGGAAUAGUCUCUCUCUCUCUCUCUCUCUCUCUCUCUCUCUCUCUGUGUGUGUGUGUGUGUGUGUGUGUCUUUAACUAAAUCUAUUUUCAUACCACCGAGAUAGAUAGCAUUUCCUUAUAAUACAUUUUGUACUACUUGGAGUCAUUCUCUGUCAACUGAAGGUUUGAUGAACGGACGGGCAAUUGGGGUGGGGGUUAUGAAUGAAAGUUUCAGGGAAACUGGAGUGCUUGGGUAGGAAGUUGUGGCUUAAGAACAAGCAUGGAGAGGAACACAAACAAAGCAGAUGUUUGCCUAAUCCACUGCUGCAGCAGAAGUAGAUGAAACAUACUCUGAACGAGUCUCUGGGCUCUCCUCUAGCAUGUAUCUGAAGUGGGUCAGGGAGGCAUCCCAGAUGUUCCAGGAACAGCAUUUCCUUAGGUUUUAUAACCCAUCAGUCUGCCCCCCUCCUCACUGCCUCCUUAAUACUGACUCCUAUGCAUUUUUGUUGUGAAAUAACUUUAUAAUGGCAAGAGCAUACAUUUCCCACAAUCUGAAUCUUAUGUUAACACAGAGAAGGAAACAGAUGCAUUCGUGCUUUCUCUCUAAGUGUAAAGCCAAUUUGAGGUUUUCUGGCCAUUAGUUCCAGCACUUCUUUUUCUAGAAAAAUAGCACCGAUUAGGGUGGUUGUCCAAGCUUGAUGUGGGAAGGGGACAAGGAACAAUAGCAAGAAGACAUAAAAGUGGGGACAAGAAGCCACUAUGGGAUGGAUUUUAAAAUACAUAUAUAUAUGCUUAAAGGUGAUGUGGCAGAAGAGAGAUAGAAAUUCUUUAAAUGAAUAAAUGAUAGCAUAGAGGUGCAGGGGGAAGUCUCAAUAGCCAGAAGGGAAAGGAUUUCAGAAUAGCCUACGAAUUGCUCAUUUUGUAUGAAGCCCCAUCCCCUAGGCUAGGGAGCCCCUCCUCUAUAGGACAAAACCCAAGAUGAAGUGCUGCAGAGUUCAGAAGUGAUGCUUGCAGGAAGCACCUGUGAACACUAGCCGUGUUGAAUUGGAGCAGGGUCUAGGUGUGCACACAAACAGUACUUACCUGUCUGCAGACAUGUCUGAAAUGGAAGGAAAAUAUGGCAGUGUUCCUCAACAUGCUGCUAAAGAUGAAUACAAGCAGUUCUUGCAAGAGCUGCAAAGGACAUUUUAGACCACUCCUCCUUUCCUACCCUCUGCAAAUGACUUUGCUGUUGCUCUCCAGAGAACCAGAGCUGCCUUGCUGUUCCUUGCCACUCUCACCCCCCCCCCAUAUGCUGGUCAUUUACUUAGGAUGUCGUCUCAUCCCGUCCCCCCAGGCAGCAAAAUGACGAGGCAUGCCACCUCUGCAAUGUGGACACUUGCUCACCUGUAUACAUGGAGGAAUUUAAGAGCAUAUUUCCCUCCCUCCUUUUCUUUCCCCUCCCUGCUUCCAGGUGGCGGCCAAGGCUGGCGUCUAUGAAAUCCUGAACCAGCUGGGUUUUGCCGAAUUUGAGAAGCUGGAGGACAAGCCGCUCUCCCAGCUUCGCUACCGCUGGCAGGAGCAGAGCCAAAGUUCACUGCCGUUCCGGGGAGAGUUUGUUUAG